AUGGCGAGUUUGAUUAGGUUGCAGUAAUAAUUACGUCAGAAGCAGAAAUGCAUAUAGUAAGACCGUAUGGUAAUUUCCAUUUGAUCACAGUUGCAAUUACGGUAAUAGCAAAAAUGUGCACAAUUCUACACUAUAGCAGUUUUGAAUAUGUCACGGUCAGAAUAAUCUAGCCUCUUUUAUAUGAAAAUAAAACAAAAACAUGCAUUAUACAAGAGCAGAAAGAGUCUAGGCAGCAUGCCUAAGUGAGUGAUUGUGUUAUGAAAAUAUAAACAUGCUGAUAAAAUUAAAAAAUUCAUAAAAUAAAACAUGCUGGACAUCAAUAUAAUGUGUUAACCAAGGUAAAAGUACAGGAGUCCAACCUGCUAAGCAUAUGGGGAAGCACAGGUGUGGCAAAAAGCAGAAAUUGCCAGUUCACUCAAGGUAUUGCUUCAUCCGAUACCUAAUCUGCAGCGGGGCAUCAAGCCUCCUGUCAGAGUGAUUCGAUCAGGAUGUAGUUCGAGGUAUGGUGGCACCAGCCACAUCAUCUCCCAGAGCAGUCACGAGGACCCUGGACCUCCACCGCCAUUUUGGGAAGCCCUGGGAGAGGCCCGUCUCGAGCCCCAACCUCCAGCGCCUCCAGGAGCAGCACUAUGCUUGUUGGUGUCGGAGAUCAUCGUCAGAGCCGGUCUCCCUGUCACCUCCAUGUGCGGGAGGCACAUCAGGUGAGUAUUGGAGCUGACUUUAGCUUCCCCAACUGGGAACCUUCCCUACAGAUAUACAGACCGUCGUACCACCUCAGGCUGCUUCUGUGCAGGUAACUUUGGUCUCAGCUCUUUUACUGCUAUAACAGCCAUAAACCUCUUGAAGAGGAGGUCGAGUUUAGACAGGAAUGUAGCCGCGGGUAUCAACUCCGACACUUUCACGCCAGCAGUCGCCAUCUUGGGAGUCUCAUGGGCCCGUCCAGGUGAUAAGUAGCUUGAGAUGGACUCCUGGGACUGGGAUAUCCCCUGCCGGUCCAAAGGGGGGGAGUAGCAGUAGUUUGCCCUAUCUGCACCACAGGCCUCAAAGCAAAGAGAGCAUCCGCCUCUCCACAGCCCCGCUGCCGCAGACCUCAAGAGUUCGUUCUGGGCAGUCCAAUGGCGGAUAAUCACAUGAGAGGUGUCCCCAGAGUCACCGGGUUUCCUCUGCACUAUUAGUGCCCAGUUGCGGUGGUAUCAAUGGGCUGACUGGUUUUAUCACUUGAGUUCCGGUGCCAUUGCAGGAGCUCGUUCAGCACACGUCUAUUCUGCUUGGCAGUCAGGACUAGCCCCAAAACUGUUUGUUUUUUAAAUUAUGCUUGUGCAAUUUAAACAGGGGGCAGAUAACCUGGCUGCAUGGCCUUGCUCUCAGCUCACUAAACAUAGAAACUGCAGUGGAAGCUCGACCAUAGGGGCAAUUGGGCAUUGUCCUUGGGUUUUUAUUGCAAUUAAAAAAUAAAUAUUAUAUAUAUAUAUAUAUAUAUAUGCCAGCCAGUAGAGGUGCUUCUGCGGCACAGGCCAAAUAAAAUUUGGUGAAGUGAUGCAGAAGCCCCAUAGGAAAGCAGGGCCUCUUCUGUGACAUCAGUGCCGGAGGAGAGGUCAACACUGCAGAGGGAGCCUCGGCACUGGAAUAAGGUAAGUAAAACAUUAUUUUUUUUGUAAAUAAUUUUUUGCUGUGGAGUUAAUGUAUUUAGAGUUAGGGCGAGGGACACAAUAGCGUUUGGUUUACAGAUUUGUAUUCCUAACACUGUGUUCCUUUAAGUCAGGAUUUGAGAGCAUGGUGUUAAUUGGACAGAUUCCAAUAAAUAAGGGGGCAAAAUCAAGUUCAGCCCUAUCAUAUACCACCCCACCUUCUUAAAACAUCAACAGCGUGCACUAGAGUCUACAAUUUAUAAAAUAACACGCUAAAUAAUGAAACAACUGUAGCUUAAUGAAGUGGUUGUGUGGAUAGAUUAUGCAUUUGCAGCAGCGGCAUAACCAGAGUUAUAGUCGCCAGGGGCAGAACAAAAGUUUUCACCCCCACCCAUGUACAGGUGAAUUACUAUAGUAAAAUUAAAAUGCUUUUCAAAAGUUGUAAAAGCUAAUUAAAUCAAAAAGAAGUACAUUUUUAAUGAUUGUAAACUGCAACGGCAGGUCUCAUCCACCAUCUUCAGGCUCAGAUAUUGAAAAUAUUUUGUGUAUUACAGACAUUAUGUGAGAUGUUUUUAAAUGAGAAAACUUUCAGCAAUCCGACAAAUUGAGGAAAACGGCAAUCAAAAGAGGUUUGCUGUCCAUCAGCUCAGCUCCAAGUCCUCGCUAGUUUUUGGGUGCCGAAAACAGUCUGUGUCACUCCGUGCUGAGGUCGGAACGUUGCUUAGCUCAGCCCUCACCUUUGAGUGACAGCCAGGAAGCUUCAGUGCUGCUAGUCGCACAUCUAAUGUAGAGAGGACCCUGGAGCAAGAGUUUUUUUUGGCUCCCUUAGCGCAAUGGUGGCCAAAAGGUAGGUCAUACAUCUCCUAAGGUGUGUUGCCAGCUGGGGAUCUACCAUUUGCCCAUCUUUGCAGGGUUUUAUUUGUGGGCAGUGUUUGUAUGUUUGAAUGUAAGCAUGUUUUUGUAUAGAGUAUAGUAGUUAUGCUACUGUUCUACAGUCUCACUGGUCAAUUAUCUGCCAUUUUGGAGAGCUGAAGUGCUCGGACAGUGAGGUAGCCCGACCUCACUGCAUGGCUUAGCUCAUGAGAGAUGGUGGAAGCUCCUAAGCAGGAUCUUUUUGCUGUGUGUAGACUGUAGUAAAGGAGGGGCAAUACCCAAAGGAACCCGAUUAAGAAGCUAAACUUUUUUAAUACGGAUUGACUUCUUACAAUGGCGGGGGAGGAAGGGGGCACCAUGACACUUCUGACAACAUAACCACUGCAAGUGUGUUUGGUAUUUUGAAUGUUUCUUUGAGGGAGUUAAUUAAUGAAACUUGGUGAAAAUUCUUUACAAAUAUUGUAAAGUAUUUAGAGCUCAUACAAUGUAAUAUUUUUAAAUCAUACACUCCUUAACUAUUUCAUAUGUUCUACAGCAAGUCCUCAAGAACAGUAAUAGGUUUAAUAUUGUUGUAAAAGCUAAUUAAAUCAAAAAGAAGUACAUUUUUAAUGAUUGUAAACUGCAACUGCAGGUCUCAUCCACCAUCUUCAGGCUCAGAUAUUAAAAAAAUAUUUUGUGUAUUAAAGACAUUAUGUGAGAUGUUUUUAAAUGAGAAAACUUUCAGCAAUCCUGCAAAUUGAGGAAAACGGCAAUCAAAAGAGGUUUGCUGUCCAUCAGCUCAGCUCCAAGUCCUCGCUAGUUUUUGGGUGCCAAAAACAGUCUGUGUCACUCCGUGCUGAGGUCGGAACGUUGCUUAGCUCAGCCCUCACCUUUGAGUGACAGCCAGGAAGCUUCAGUGCUGCUAGUCGCACAUCUAAUGUAGAGAGGACCCUGGAGCAAGAGUUUUUUUUGGCUCCCUUAGCGCAAUGGUGGCCAAAAGGUAGGUCAUACAUCUCCUAAGGUGUGUUGCCAGCUGGGGAUCUACCAUUUGCCCAUCUUUGCAGGGUUUUAUUUGUGGGCAGUGUUUGUAUGUUUGAAUGUAAGCAUAUUUUUGUAUAGAGUAUAGUAGCUAUGCUACUGUUCUACAGUCUCACUGGUCAAUUAUCUGCCAUUUUGGAGAGCUGAAGUGCUCGGACAGUGAGGUAGCCCGACCUCACUGCAUGGCUUAGCUCAUGAGAGAUGGUGGAAGCUCCUAAGCAGGAUCUUUUUGCUGUGUGUAGACUGUAGUAAAGGAGGGGCAAUACCCAAAGGACCCCGAUUAAGAAGCUAAACUUUUUUAAUACGGAUUGACUUCUUACAAUGGCGGGGGAGGAAGGGGGCACCAUGACACUUCUGACAACAUAACCACUGCAAGUGUGUUUGGUAUUUUGAAUGUUUCUUUGAGGGAGUUAAUUAAUGAAACUUGGUGAAAAUUCUUUACAAAUAUUGUAAAGUAUUUAGAGCUCAUACAAUGUAAUAUUUUUAAAUCAUACACUCCGUAACUAUUUCAUAUGUUCUACAGCAAGUCCUCAAGAACAGUAAUAGGUUUAAUAUUAUUUGAUUAAACGGUUCUAUUGAAAGAAGGAUAUUGAUACAACAUUGCCAACUGCUGGUUUUUGAACAAUGACCAUUUUUUUGUAAUUAAAGUUUCCAAAACUGUAGACAACCUCUUUGACUAGAUUUUAAGUUGGUAAGUGCCAUAACAUAAAAAAAAUAAAAUCUCUUUUUUUGUUUCUUUUGUAGCUCCAGUAAUAAAUCGAUUUACAAGACGUGCAUCAGGUAAGCACCAAUUUUUUAUGUGUAUAUCUAAUUUAUUUAAACAGUAUAUAUCAUUCUACAUUUUAUUUUGUAUUCGCUGGGGCCUUCUUCCUUGCUCUCUAUACCAAAUAUCUGGAAAAUAAUAGAUAUGUUUUAGAUGACUUGAGAUAAAGAAAACUAGACAUAAAAGGUGUCUUCGACCUAAUGUUUCAAUUUGCUUUUCAACUCAGUAUAGCUAAAAAAAGUAAAAAAUAUCAUAACUCCUUUGUGACAGAUGGCAUCGUUUAACUUUUUUUUCAUAUCAUUGCAUUUGCCUAAACCCUUGUCCUGAAGGGAUUUUAAUAAAAAAUAUAUAUUAUGGUUUAUUCAAUGAACAGUGGAUCUUGAUUAACAAACUUAAUAGAAUGUCAAACUUUAUUUUAGAAUUUGACAAUUUAGCUGCAUUGGAACACAAAUCUAAAAUUUCACUAUUUUCCUUGAUUUACUUUUGUUGGAUAAGCUUUCCAAAUGCUGAAUAUUUUUAGAUAAACUUUUUAAAAUAAUUUUUUAAACAUAUUAAAGAGACACUAUAGUCACCAGAACAACUACAGCUUAUUGUAUUUGUUCUGGUGAGUAGAAUCAUUCCUUUCAGGCUUUUUGCAGUAAACACUGUCUAUUCAGAGAAAAGUUAGUGCUUACGUUACAGCCUAGGGAUACCUCCACUGGUCACUCCUUAGAUGGCUGCUAGAGGUGCUUCCUGGGGCAGUGCUGCAUGUAGCGGAAUGGACGUUUGGUAUAUACCUUUUGUGGCAGAAAUUACCACCUAUUCAUAUGUUUUCUCUUAUUUUGUGUGCUUGACCCUUUUGCCCGUUUGGGAGUACUUCAUACGAACAAAAUCCAUUUGUCUCCCGAACGGGGACCAGCCCUGUACCCCAUUAGAACGUUCACACCAGUAACUUAAGGGCGAAACCGCAAGGGAAGUAAUUAAUGAAUGCUUCCCCUGGGUGGCUGCCAUUUCGUAUAAUCAAACAUGUGGCAGACAAAAGAAUGGCAGCGAUCUUGUCUCCACAACGUGAGCAGUGGUACUUGGUCGUCAAGUGGAACUCUUUUAGGCUAGGCGAACACCAGUAAAACUUAGAGCGCUGCUUGUUCUAUUUCCCGACCACCUAUAUGAACGACAUUCGGGAGAUAUGAACUACCGAACAGAACUACUGAAUGGGGGAGCAUAUGUAUCCUGAAAUGAAGAGAUUCCCUUGCAUGGUGUUCACAUAGGAACCUCACGAACGGAGACCGGCCAGAGCACCUAUUGUCCUGAAAACUGUUUUGGGCUAGCGCCUCCUGUCUGACCGGUCAAAACAUUACCUCAAUGGCAUUCCCGGUUUACCGAAUCGAUCUGAGUGAUUCUUGUAUAUGUUAUACACUCAGAUCGGGGCUAUUGGGGAAUGUACUUUGUGUGGGGUAUGGCAAUGGUAUUUUUGGGGUACAGUUUAUUUUGCUGGAUUUUCUGUGCCUGAGAGAUCAUUAACUUAGAGGAUUUUUCUCACGCAGUUAUCUCUCAGGCACAGAGGAUCUUGGAAUUGAAACCCCAAGCAGUUAGCCAAGCAGGCAGAUCAGGGGCAGCACCAGCAUCAGCAAACUGGAAUGAAGGUAGACUUUUAGUGGGGGCUAGAUAGUGUUUUUAACACUAUAAGGUCGGGAAUACAUGUUUGUGUUACUGACCCUUUAGUUUUCCUUUAAAAGAUCAAAAAAUGUAGCAUUCAGAAUCAAGCAAAUAUUAGGCAGUAGAUCUGCAACUUUUGCAUGCAAUUUUUAGAUAUACCCAAAAUGAAAAAUGCAGCAGUAAAUUCCUAUAUGUUUUCAUUGGGGUAUAUGUGCUAAAUGUUUAAUAUCCAGUGGAGUGAAAUUUUAUAUUUUAAAGUUUUAGAUUUUAAUCACCACUCUUAUUUAUAAAACAGUGAACCCUGGUGAAAUGACAAGAGGUUUCCAAGAUUUAUUAGUGUUUAGUUUAAUUGAAUUAAAAUAUAUAUAUAUAUUUUAAGGAAUUGGUAAUGUAUUUGUGAAAGCAGAAAGGCUAAUUAAAGCAUGCAAAUAAUAUGCAAUCAAUUUUAAUUAGUAGAAAAGAACUCUGAAAAUGGUUAGUGGACUCUGCCUAGAAUGGGGCCCCUGAAGGCAAAAGAGUGAGCAUGCAUUGCCAGUUGUAAAUAAAUUCUAGUUCCUUGCAUGGUAAUACCCCUCUUGAAUAUGUUCACAUUUUGUAUUGUUGCAAUGUGGACACCAGUAGUGAAAUAAAAUGCUUUUAUUUAGCACAAUUAGACAUGUCUAUUUGUGCUAAAUGAAACAAUUUUACUUCACUACUACAGUCUUCAGAGCGCACUCAUCUUGUUUUUCUAUGUGUGUGUGUAUAUAUGUGUAUAUAUAUAUAUGUGUGUAUAUAUAUAUAUAUAUAUAUAUAUAUAUAUAUAUAUAUAGAGAGAGAGAGAGAGAGAGAGAGAGAGAGUUAUAUCAAUGGUGUAGUACCUGGGGCGCAAAAUUUCAACAACAACAAGAAAAAGCAGUGAUAAUAAAUAAAAUAUAGCAUGCCCCCCCCCCCCCUCACACAGAAAAUCUAGACUAUACACAUUGCUUCAGGUGUGAAGUGGAUUUUUAAAAUGACGCAACUUAACUAUCAGUGUUACACAUAACAGAAAUAAAGUGGGUGGUGAAGGAGGAGUGAGGCUAUCUAGGCAUCAAUUAAGUAAAUUGGAGAAUGCUAACGGUCCACAGCUUAAGGAGCACAAUUCUUGCCUUACCUCGUGUACUGGCAACCCACACUGCACCACUGAGUUUUUUUUUUGAUGUUGUCAAUUUCUUGUUAUUUUUUCAAAAUAGAACUUGUAUCUGAUAUGCAUCGGUGAGGCUCGCAGGUCUCCAAACAAUCAAUGUCACUAUGGGACACGGAGGUCACUUACAUUGUAAACACUUGGAUCUUGCAUCACAAUUUAGUAGGGUAAUACCUCCUUAUUAUAACUCAAGUUGGGCUCAAUCUUGUUACAUACAUUGCACCACUGAGAUUUAUUUAUAUAUACCGUAUUUACUUAAAUCUAAUGCGCCAUCAAAUCUAAUGCGCAUCUCCGUUUUUAAAACCUGGAAGCUAAAAAAUGUUUUUGCUGGUGAAUGUAAUGCGCAUUUAUACUAAGAAGAUACUACUAAACAACAUUGUGCUACAAUUAAAAUGUUUAAAAUGUUUUGUUUUGUAUUCACCGCAAGGCUAAAAGGGCAUUUGCCUUGGGCGGCACUUUCCUGGGGACGGCAAAAAAUCCACCCCCCAAACACCCCAAGAUCAAUGAGCAAGAAGAUCACAGCUCCCUCGCCGUCUACUCUGCCAGUUCACCCCCUACACAGGUAUUGGAAAAAACAUGAGGUAGAUGUAAGCUUACCGUAAGGGCGUCUGGAACCGGGGUUCCCUCUGAAGCCUCUGGAGCGCCAUGGUCUUCCAUGAGAGGGGAAGAAAGGGGACUGAUGUCUCGUCUCCUGGUAGGAUGGACACUGGGUGUAGGAGCCUCGUCCCGAUCCACGUGCAUGGUAAUUAGACCGGCCGGACAGAUGGCCUCUGAAUCUGCCGGCCCUGGUAGAGACCCGUCCCUGAAAUGCCCUCUGCAUAGAGGAUUGAGCCUUGUCCAGGGCUGUAAAAGCAACCACAAAGCGCCCCAGAUCCUUUAUAAAGGAUUCUCCAAACAACAGGCCCUGGGCUUCUUUGCCCGCCUCCGUGAGGGCGAGGUUAGCAAGUUUAGGCUCAAUUUUAAAGAGAAUGGCUUUACGCCGCUCUAUAGACAGGGAGGUGUUCACACUGCCUGCUAUGCAGAUCGCCCUCUGCACCCAUCCACGGAGUUCAUCUGGGUCAACCUGCGUGUUUUCGGCUCUGGCUAGCUCAGCCAGGUCAAACAGUUUGGCCAAAGGGCCAAAAAUGUCCAGGUGUUUGUACUGGCAUGUCUUUAAAGCGGAAUCCAAUCCCUUGCGGGGAAUCCAUCCCAUCUUGGAAAGAAAUUGGGUCAUUUUGGGAUCAACAAUUGGGGUCUCACAGACUUUACUGGGAAUAAGGGGUCUAGGACAUUCUGCCCUGAGUUUGUUGCGCGCUGCCUUGCUAAGGGGGCGCCGUACCCAGUUCUCAAGGUAUUUAGCCACAUUCUGCCGACCUCGGGUGAUGGAGAGCAUCCGGGUCAAACAUAGGUUCCUCAGACAGAUCCAUGAGGGUGGAACCCGCGGUAGCGGGGGAGUCGCUGCGAGGGACACUCAUUACCCCCCUGCCAAUCUCAUCAUUGGAGUCACAUACGGACUCGGCAUCAGCCUCCUCAAAAGACCCAAUUUCGGAGUCACUCUUCUUUUGUGCUCUAGCACAUUUCCACUGCCGCGCCCAUUCUGCCUUGCGCGGAAAGGCUCUCUUGCGUGACAUAGGCACGCUGUCAUGGGUGGAUAUAUUCACACCAGUCGUAAUGUUUCUGGAGACAUGGAGACUUAAGUGCCUGGAUUUUCUUGGAACAUCCCCUGUAGGGCUUAAAGCAGAACGCGCUAAGCUCGUCAGAGUGGCCGAGCCUUCUGCGGCCAAAGGGCGAGCCAGUAAGGCUUGCAAAAUAGUCUGGGAAAGGACAGAGGACAUUGAGCCCAUGGCAGCCAUAAUGGCUUCCAUAACGGAGCGCUGUAGUGCCAGGGAUUGGGCAUCCUCAGGUACAGACAUAGGGUCACCAGCAGAGGAAGGGGGACCAGAGCUGUCAGAGGGGUUAUCCAAAACAUGGGGUAUAUCCAUUUCUCCAGGGGGUAGGGGGGUGGCAGGCACUUUGGACUUGGGCAUAAUAAUAUUGCUGUGAGAUAUCCCAAUGACACCAAAGAUAAAAUAGUAAUAUAUGCUGCAGGGAAGUGAAAGCUUAAACUAAAAUAACAGAGAGAGAACAGGCUAGCAGGAGUUAAUCACCCCAGACUAGCAAUACCUUAUAGAGGGUAAAGUUAGGGAGCUCACGAGGGCCCAGGCCGGUAGACAGGAAGAGGACACGAGGAAUAGCAAAGAGACUGUAAGACAGGAUGUUAGAAAAUGGCCGCUGGCAAUCUCGCGAGAUUCGCUGCAAAAUUCUAAUAAUUCGUUGUGGCGAAACCGACCUCGCCACUGGGCAUUGGAGAAGACUGAUUGCCAGCCUCCUGCCAUGUGACUAUGGCCCCUGGGAUGUAUUGCCCUUAAAGACUUGAUUUGGGCAUAAUGGAUUUGUGUUGUGCUGCUGCUGGCCCUUUAAGAACCAUCUGGGGACAUACUGUGGAGUUACUGGGUGGCCACCAUUUCCUGUAUCAGAGGCACAUGGUGAGAACAAUGGAUGAAGCACAUGGUGAGAACAAUGGAUGGCGGCCAUUUUAACUCACAGACACUGUUUGAACUUUUCAACACGGUGCCAUCUCGCCGGUAUUUGGUGCACAGAGACAUCGUGCAGUGGUUUUGGACUAUACAACAGGGGACACAUUAUACAGUAAUUGUUUUUCAUUUAGCCUGCAUAUGUUCUGUGGAAUCUGCAUUAAACUGUAUCUUCCAAAGUACUGAACGGAUCUGGGUGAAUUUUGGAUAUGUGGUUCACCCAGAUCCCCCAGUUCCAAUGAUAUAUAUUUUUUAUGGGGUUAUUUAUGGGGUUAUUGCAUGUUUUGGGGUCCCUGUGAUGUGUUUUAUGAUACUGUAUUUCUCUGCCUGUGAUAAUUAGAUUAACCAUUGUGUUCAGUAAUCAUAUCGCAGGCAGAGGGGAGGAUUUUGUGUGGGAGUGUCUGUGUGUAUUGUCAGGAUUGAUUGCCUGUGUUUCAAAGCCCUGUGGGCAGUACUAUUUUUGUGGAUUGUGAAUAAAAGAGGCUGUAUGUGCCAGUUCAGUCAGUUCCUGAUUAACCCUCAAAGUGAAGUGUCGUCUCAUUAUUGGGGGAGGAUUUAUUGUAUGCUGUUCCUGUUUGACUGCUAGGAGUGUAAACCUAUUCGCAUGGUUUUUCCUAUUCGGCGGUAUACAACAUUCAUAUGCUUAAAAGUACUCAUAUGCUUCUCCGGUUCGGUGAUUGUGGUGUCUGCCAGAGUGGUUGGAGUCCUCAGGAAGCGCUAGGAGCAUCCUUCAACGGAGGUACCCAGUCGGGGUGCCAGGUGAUCUGUUACAUUCGUCAAAUAAAGAGCCGAACUUUCGGCAGAAAGUGAUGAAUUCGUGAAAAUAAAUAGACGAAAGUAAUAGAAGGGAAAACAGACAAAUUAGCUGGCUGUUCGGAUAAAAUUAGCCGAACGCGGCAAACAAGGCUGUAUGCAGUGAAACUUACAAACUGUAUGUUUCUAUGUUUCUGUAUGGUUUCGAGAAGAAUUUAGCCGAACGGCAUGAUUCAUUCAUGAAAAAACAGCCGAACAGAAUGUAUAAAAACAGGCGCAAAGGGCGCCAAAAAGACAGGAGAAGGAGCAAUGAAGUCACAGACAGCCAGAGAUGGAAUAAAGCAAACGGAGAAAAGAUAAGAGCAACAGGGGAAGCUCAAGUGAUAGGGAUAUAGAUAAUAAUAAUACCCUAAAGAGGUCUAGAACCCUGGGCUUAAAGGAUAACAUACAAUAUAAAAUCCACAAUAGGAUAAAAGCAUAGAAACAUAAAAUAUAUGGAAAAUAAAUAAGUAAAUAAUGAAACUACAAGCAAUAAAGUAAAUAGAAGUUAUAAGAAACAAAAAAAAUUAAUGCAAAUAAAUAGUAUACAUAACAAUAAGGCAAUGAUAAUAUGGAUUUAGUCAUGUUCUUAUCUGUUUGGUAGCAGCAAAGAAAGAGGAAUUGUGUGGGGAGGUGCUGACUAUUAUACUGGGACUUGGUCUAUCACUAUGGUUACCAUUUUUACUUACUGUUUGUAUUCUUUGUUGCUAUUGGUGGACAGUAAAGAAAGGGUUAAGCAAUAUGAGCCUCCGUGUCUUGACAUAAAAUUUCACAUUUUGCCCCGAAUCUAAUGCGCCAUCAAAUCUCAUGCUCCAUCAAAUCUAAUGCGCAUUAAAAUUUUCGAAACUUCAUAAUUACCGUGAUGAUGCCGUACUUACCUACGCUGUCGUGGCAUUAACCGAUGUCUCUAGCUAGAUAGGCAAUGUUUAAUAGCCUUUAACCACUACUAUACCUGCUAAAACCACUGUAUGUUCACUGUCUCAAGCUUGAUGACCCCAUCGUGACCUACCACACUGGACAUACAAAGCUAGCCUGUAUUUUGCAUGUUUAUAAACUUAAAAGUAUUCCCAGACUGUUUUUUUUUUUUUUUUUUUUAUUAUAAAAAUGUGGUUUCCAAUAUAUGCCAUUGAAAUGCCUGUAAUUGCUGUUGUGGCGCUACAGGUUUCCCUGUUAAGUAAUCAAAUGCACAAGAAAAGUAAAGAAUUUAUAAAUAAAAUUUUCGAAACUUUAUUUUCCAAAAAAGGUGCUCUUUAGUAUCGAGUAAAUAUGGUAUGUGGUAUAUAGUAUAGAUGAAACAAAAAAAUACAUGUAGACAAAAUGUAAGAUAGUAAUUACAUUUGUUGCGUAUUAUUUCCUUUUUCUGCAACAUCUUUGAAAUGUUAUGUUAAGUGCACAUUUUAUAUUAGCAAACAACAUAAUUUUCUCUUUGACCUUCUGAUAAGAAAAGUACAAAUAUUGUGAAUUGUUAUUUUGAAUUUAAAAGCAACUAAAGCCUCUACGUUUGAAACAUGUUUUGCUAAUCAAGCCAUCUGUACAUUACUUAUGUUCCAGAAAUUAAAAUCCACAGAAUGUUUUCUGUGAUAUCCCUUCAUCUAGUAAUGUGCAGAUUCUGACAGCGGGUGGAGAAAUAAAUUAUUUUGCAGGAAUAUUUUGUGUAACGUGACCGAACAUCAAUAAAGCCUCAAACAUACCAUUUCAUAUUUCAAGACACAGAUGCCUUAAUUUGAGAUCAGUUGUCUUGAAAAUACAGAAUGUAAGAUGUCACUCUACUGGUUAAGAAUGUUAAUAAGGUUAGAUUUCUUUUUAAUUUUCUGUUUCACCGAUGGAGUUCAGCAACGCAUUAUAAAGGCAAUAUAUGGACUAUAAAUUAAGGCCAAUGUUACAAUCCCCCUCUAGUAUAUGGAUUGGCCCCCCUCCACCAAAGAAACUGGAGGUCCUAAAUUUUUUUUCUUUUUUUGCUGACUGAUAUAAAAAAUAUAUAUAUUACAAUUUGUGAGCAUUAAUACUCUGAAGGAUGAAAAUGACAAUUCAAGACUAAAAGUGGUAAACGAUGUAAGUGCCAAAAAAAUUCAAACACCGUUUUCCACAUUUAAGUGUCAAAUGAACAAUGCUUUAUAAUGUGGUAAACAUGAAAAGUGCCUGGUAGUCCUCUAUGUAGUUCAGAAGAGCGGGUAAAGAAGUCACUAGUGUGAACGUCCCUGCGGACUGAUUCGGUGAACGAUGGAAGUGCCAAGCAAGGCGGCAGCAAUACUUUCCUCUUGAACAGCAUCAAAGCAGUCUUUGUUUAAGUUUGUAGCUGUGGCAUCCACUCAUGCGAGUCAGUGUUUUUUUUAGUGUUUUUCUUGUGUCCAAUGAGAAAAGCUGUUCAAAUAUGACUCCCUCCCCCGUGAAGGUGACAAAAAUUAAAGUGAUUCAAGAAAGAAGGCGUUUGAAGCACUCUGGCAAGCCAUAUAUGACGUCAGCAGGAAAGCUGUUGAAGGUAAGCAACUCCCUUCAGAGAAAGUCACUUGCAAAUGCCACUACGCUUAUAAAACUUUUUCCUCGGAGUACCGAGACAAACUUUUUACGGAGUUGUUUAACAUCAGUGACAAGGAUCAAGGAACCUACCUUCUUAACCGCUUGCAAGUCACCGAAAUUUCUCGUUGACAACAUGGGAAGUAUGGAGAACCUUCUGAAAGCAGACGACAGAGUACUAUGUUUUAUACAGUACCCAAUAAGAGGGGAGAACAUGUCCAACUGAUGAUGAGAGGAACCUUGUCCUAUGUCACAUUUUGUCAUUCCCACGCAAGGUUAGUUACUACGGAAAAAGUCAAAGAUGAGUAUCUGAACUCUGAUCUUAAUCAUUCUCGAUUACACAUGGCAUUCACAAAGAUGUACCCUCAAUCGAAUGUCACACAAGCGUACUACGUAUCUGUUUUUUGAAUUUGACAUUUUUAUUUUGUAAUCGAGGGUAGGGGUUACAGAAGGCAAGAGGGAGACACAGGGGGGUUAUACAUAAGUCUAUACAUAAGAUUUGUCAACUGUAUGAAUCUCUGCGCAGGUUAACACCAUUACCUGCUAUGGGCUCGUUCGGGUAACACCAGUGGUUAUGAUAUCUUGAUUCUCAGUGCAAGUUGAGCUUUGUGUGUUGUUUGUGGGCGGUGUCUGUCCUCGGUGGUUCGACCUCGAUUGGGUUUAGGAGUUAAUACUGUCUACAGUGCUGGUGUUGGACCUGUGGGGGAAUCAGGGCGGUCGGGUUGCGGAGGGGUAUUGAGUCGUGCAGUGUACUUGGAGUCACAUAAGUGUAGUGUGGGCACAGUGUACGGAGGUGUUAUGUAAGUGUGAUGUAGGUGCAGUGUAGGUGCGGUGUGUGUGCGGUGUGUGUACGUGAGCCAGCUUGCAUGUUGUUAGGUUGCCUCCAGUCGUAUAUGGAGGGUUUCUGUUGUCGUUGGUUCAGUGUGGUUUGUUUCGGUCCCAAAGAUUCCAUGCUUCUGUCCAAUAAGGGCUGGUCUGGCUUGAUUUCCUUGCCAUUGUUUCAUAAGUUUUGGACGCUUCUACAGCUGUGAUGCAUUGGUUGAUCGUUGGGGUUUGUUUCCAAUUUCUACUAAUGGUAGUGAGGGCUGCUAUACAUAUGUGGUAUAGUAGGUAUUUAGUGUGCAUGUGCCGUGUUGGGGGGAGUAGUAGUAGCAGGAAUACUUCCGGCAGGAGGGAGAUAUGCAGUUUGGUGCAACGCGUUCUAUGUAUCUGUUUUUAAGGAGAAUUUCCCAAAGUUAAAAUUUGCCCGCCCUCGUAUGGACACAUGUAAUAAAUGCGACAAGUUGACUGCUUCUAUCACAAUAAGUACUUCCCCAGCAGAAAAACAGAAAGCUAGCAUUCAGCUGCAGCUUCACAUCCGUAAAAGUGAUAAAGACCAAGAUAAUAUGAGAGGAUACAGUCUGCUCUCAAAUGUCAGGAAGCAAUGUGACAGUCUUCGCUAUGGACUUACAGCAAGCGCUUUGUUCCCACCCUCACACACCAGGUAUGUUCAAAAAAAAAAAUUUUUUGUGUUUUUCCAACAUUUUCACUUUUAGCACUUACUAUGUCUAAAAUUUUUAGUCCUCAAUUAUAAAUUAACUUUUAUUUUUUUAUUUUUGUUUUAUUGUGCCGCUAGCAGAAUAAAGACAUACAAAUAUCGUCGGCAUCUAAUACAACGUAGGCAACAUAGGCCUCGAUUUAAUAGGCUUUCCAAAUGAUUCAACGCUUUUAGAAAUAUUUUUCAAAUGAUUUAUCUACAGAAGUAGAUAACAGUUUAAUUGAUACGCUUUUAUGAAGAAGUGGGUUUUAAUGAUUUUUUGAAGGAGUGGAGACUGGGUGAGCAUCUAACUGAAGAGGGAAGUGAGUUCCACAGGAACGGUGCAGUCCUGGAGAAGUCUUGAAGGCGAGCAUUAGAGGUGGGAGUACGGACAGAAGAUAGACGUAAGUAUUCAGCAGAGUGUAAGGGCCAUACUUGUAUAUUAGGGAGGAUAGAUAGAUGGGAGCAGCAUUAUGUAGAGAUUUGAAAGCAAGAACCAGAAUUUUAAAUUGAGCCCUAUAUCUUACAGAAAGCCAGUGUAGGGACUGACAGAAGGGUGAGGUGUGGGUGGUGUGGGCAAACAGAAAGAUGAGCCUCGCCGUGGCAUACAUUAUGGACUGUAACGGCGCAAGUUGGGAGCAUGUAAGACCACUGAGAAGUGGAUUACAGUAGUCAAGGCGAGAAAGGACAAUGGAAUGGACCAGCACCUUAGUCGCAUCUGGCGUUAAGUAGGGUCGGAUGCGCGCAAUGUUUUUGAGAUGGAAGUGGCAGGAUUUGGUGAUAGACUGAACAUGAGGCGUGAAGGAGAGGUCGGAGUAAAAGAAAGCACCUAGGCAGUGAGCCUGCGUGGUGGAGUUGAUGGUAGCACCAUUAACUUGGAGGGAGACAGACACAGGAGUAGCAACACUUGAGGGUGGAAAUACCAGAAUUUCAGUUUUGGUCAAGUUGAGUUUAAGGAAGUGGGCAGUCAUCCAGUUAGAAAUAGCAGAGAGGCAGUCAGAGACACUAGUCAAGAGGGACAUGGAGAGAUCAGGAGAGGACAGAUAGAUUUGUGUGUCAUCCGCAUAGAAAUGAUAUUGGAAGCCAAAGGAGCUAAUGAGUUUACCAAGGGAGGCAGUAUGGAUGGAGAACAAUAGAGGACCAAGGACUGAACCUUGGGGGACACCAACAGAGAGGAGUUGGGGAGAAAAAGCAGAGCCAGAGAAAGAAACACUGAAAGAGCGCUGGGAGAGGUAGGAGGAGCACCAGGAGAGCUCAAUAUCUUGUAGACCAAUAUUGCGGAGGAUAAGAAGCUCUUGGUGAUGAACAGUGUCAAAAGCCGCAGAAAGGUCAAGGAGAAUUAGGAAAGAGUAGUGACCAUGAGAUUUUGCAGCGAGUAGAUCAUUGGAUACUUUGGUCAGUGCCGUUUCUACAGAGUGCUUAGCGUGGAAAUCAGACUGAAGUGGGUCUAGCAGAGCAUUGGAUUUGAGGAAGUCUGUCAAUCUCACAUACACAACUCUUUCAAGGAUCUUGGAUGCAAAAGGCAGUAGCGAGAGAGGACGGUAAUGAGAUAAUUAGACGGUAAAAAGGAGGUGUAGAAAUUGCAGCAUUCCCCUCCCCCACAUACCGUCAUGGCCUCUGACAUACCGCUAACCUUAAUAUGCUUGAGACAGCUCUUGCCUUCUUUGACCGACAUUUUCAUCAGGAGAUCAUUACAUACCCUGUACAUAGUUGUGAGUAUAGUAAGAAUUGUGGAAAUCCUCCUCCAGGGCCUUCACUAUGGUCAUUAAAGUAUUGAUGUCCUCUUUAAUCACAAAGAUAAUUGCGUGAAAGAGUUGCCUGAUGUACUUCAAUAGAGAUUUAAAGGAACACUAUAGUGUUGUGAAUACAAAUCGUUUUUGUUCUCCUAAGAUUGGAGAAAAAAAAAAAAAGUAGUUUUUCUCCCACAAGUAAAUUAACCUUUUUGUGACUAAAAUAUAAGAACGAGUAGAUGGCCAGAUAUUUGACAAUGCAGAUGACCUCUGAAAUGAUGUUUACACAGAAUUCUAGUGACUGGGUAAAAGUAUUAAUAUUUAAUCUACAAAACAGCCCCUGGAACUUUUCAAAAGUAUCAAUUCAGCACUCAACACUUUAAGACACUUAAACAUGUUUGAAAACCAAUGAAGAUGCAUGCUUAUAGUUCUUUAUGUUAUCAAACACAAUUUUUUAUUAAACAUGCUAAAAUACAGCAUCCAUGAGACAGAGAAAUCCAGUAUGAGUUCAUAUAAAAUAUUUUGCCCCUUACACUGCUAUUUAACUAAUGCACUGGUUACAUGUGUGUGUUUCUAAACUGUUCUCAUUCUGUUAGGACACACUUCGGUAGUUUUGCCGGCGUUCUGUCUAAAUGACAGGACGUUCGGGAAAAGUGAAAGAAGGCUUUGCGGGAACACGGUGAAUUAUGGGAAAAUUGCUCUGACCACCGGAAAUAAAGUACACUUAGCUCCUCCCCUGGUCAGAGAUUGUCAGGUCUAGGAAACCUCCAUAAGACAAGUAGUCCCUACUUUGUCUUAUGUUUUAAAGAAAACUAGAGCAGACAGGAAGAAAUGAAGAUCAGAUCCUGACAGAGGGAGAAAAGAGAAAUAGAUUAAAGAAAGGUAAGUUUGGCAUGACAGUGCCGCUUUAUUUGCAGAUCACCUUUUGUAGUACUGGAAUUGUCCAUAAGCCCUAACACAUUGUCUCCUUUGGAUUAUAGCCUAGGUCAUAUGCUACACCCGUCCUCUUUCUCAAUACCUAUUUCAUCACACAUAAUAUUGCUUUUCAGCCCUAAUAGUACCUGCUGUCACUAUGUACACUGUAACGGAUCACCUGGCACCCCGACUGGGUACCUCCGUUGAAGGAUGCUCCUAGCGCUUCUUUUUUUGGGGAAAUAUGUUUAUUCAGUUAAUUGGAGAAUCAGCAGUUAGAACAGUUUGAAGACUCGCAGGUCUAGGUAUGCAUGCAUUAUAAGUGUAACAGGGGUAGGAAAAACUGGUCUCCUAGCGCUUCUUGAGGACUCCAAGCACUGCAGCAGACACCACAACCACCGAACCGGAGAAGCAUACGAAUACUCUCAAGCAUAUGAAUGCUGUAAGCAGCUGAACAGGAAAAACAUACAAUCAGCUUACACUCCUGGCAAUCAGCAUACAAUAAAUCCAAUUCCCCCAAUAACGAGACGACACUUCGUUUUGAGGUCAAGCAGAACUGACUGUACUGGCCCAUACAGCCUCUUUUAUUCACAAUCCACAAACAUAGUACUGCCCACAGGGUUUUGAAAUACAACCAAUCAAUCUGUACAAUACACACAGACAAUCCCACACAAAAUCCUCCCAUCUGCCUGUGAUAUGAUUACUGAACACAAUGGUUAAUAUGUAUGGUUAACAGUAUUAUAAAACAUAUCACAGGGAGACCAAAACAUGCAAUAACCCCAUAAAUUCACCCAGAUCCAUUCAGUAGUUUGGAAGAUACAGUUUAAUGCAGAUUACGCAGAACAUAUACAGGCUUUAUGAAAAAUAAUUACUGUAUAAUGUGUCCCCUGUUGUAUAGUUUAAAACUACUGCACGAUGUCUUUGUGUACCAAAUACCAGCGAGAUGGCACCGUGUAGAAAAGUCUAAACAGCGUCUGUGAGUUAAAAUGGCCAUCCAUUGUUCUCACCAUGUGCCUCUGAUACAUGAAAUGGUGGCCACCCAGUAACUCCACAGUUUGUCUGGAAGUCUAUCCAGCCGGACCAACAGAUGAAACACAUGGGGAAUCAUAAAAAAUAUGGACAAUAGUCAUAUUUGUGCACAAUCUCCAGUUUUGUCACAGGGCACAAAUAGUGUUUUCAAAUGCCAUAUAUCCCAGGGCCAUAGUCAGAAGGUAGGAGGCGGGCAAGCAGCCCCCUCCAAGAACACGUGGCGAGGUCUGUUCCGCCACAUACACCCUAAAAUUAUUACCCUACUUAAACCAUAAACCAACCAACAUGAUUACAGAUAAUACAGCUGUGAUUGGGCCUCUUUUUUUCUGAAUGCAUUGCCCUUACAACAUCACUCUAAUUAGAAAGAGCAUUUUUAAUUCAUUUUUUUUGACAGCUCUAUUUUAAGUGGAUGUUCUUGAAGUUGCCUCUCUUACUGAAGCUAUUAACAAUACUGUACCAAGGUGACCUCCAUAAAAAUCUAUAUUCCACAUAUACAUUGAUCAUAUAACCGCAGAAGAUUUGAUCAUUUUGCAUCACUUGCAUCACAAUGGUACAAUCUCUUCUAAUCGUGCACAUUAUCCCCUGUUCCUGAAGAUUUCUUACCUCUAAGGUUACUCAUAUCUCUAACCCUCUAAAUAACAGAGUUUGCAAAUACAUCUUUGCUUUAUUUUAAUUAAUUAGUGAGCAUUGAGGACUCUAUGAUACAGAUGAACACUAGUGGUUAAAAAAAAAGCUGUAACAUCAUUCCUGGUCUAUUAACUACCCACAUAGAUCACAGUACACCUCUUCUCUUUGGGAAAAAAACAAAUUUGAUAAUCUGCCAUGAAUUGAUUCCAUGUCUACUAGAUUGACUGUCAUCAUAUACACGAAAAAAGCAUGUGGCUGCUUGCAUUGUGGAAAUGUACUCAUGUUUGUGAAGUAUGUAGAAUGCACAGUUAUCCAGUUCAAGGUGUGGUAUGCUAUUAUUCGUAUUUAUAUAGAGCUAAUAUAGUUUUCAGCGCUUUGCACAUAGAAAAAGAUUCCUGCUCAAAAAGCUGCCAAUCCAUGGUAGACCCAAGGACAAUUAAUGGUGCGGUUGUCUGGCUGGUUUUCAAACCUGAGUUUCCCAUUUCUAAGUCAGUGAUAUUACCUUUGCUUUACCCAGCUAAUAUAUGUAAGGAAGAUUUAAUUAAAUCAAACAAUUAUUUAUAAAGCACUACUAUUUUAUGCAUCUCUUUACAGUGAGGAUAUAUCAAGAAGUGUAGAGCAUCCUGCUCAAAAACCAACCACUAUCUAGGGCCUGGAUUUUUAACCUUUAUUUAAACAGACCCACAUGAUGUACAUCGCAUUAGCUUGACAACCCAAUCUGGAAUUGGAAAAUUAGAUUGAUCCAUUUAACCACUGACCCAUUCAUAAAGGGACUCAAAGCAACUUACCUAAUACAGUUUAUAGAAGGCUAUGGGCACAGUGUCUCUGAUUUUUGUCAUACAAGUUGGGGUUUCCAGUACCUGAAGCUUAACCCAUUUGCUUAGCGUGCAAUAAUCAGAAAGUUUCACAUUGUCACCAUUUGUCCAAAAUUAUUGUAUGGGUAAGCUUCCUGUGAUGAUUCUUCGUUACCCUUGUUGGUGAAACCAAAUUGAUAUAGACUAGGGAAUGAUUCAGUGCAACUACUUCCUGCGUCUAGUAACUUGAAAAGAUUUUUUACUUAAACACUACCAAUUUUAGGUGAGAAAAUAUUAUUAAACCCUUUUGUGUUUAUCGAUAUCUGGUAGAGUAACCACAUAAAACCGUGUAUGCAUCCAUGCCUUCAGACAGCCCCAGUUAUUGCAGAUUUAUUCUUCUCUUACUUGGCAGAGCUAAAAAUUGCACAGCCAGGGGUUAAUUGUUAGACUGCCUGCUGACAGGAGUAAAGAUCAUUUAUUAUUCAGCUUGCUGACUCUUCCCACAUGCUGCGGCUGUGCCAUCAAGUCACUGCUGUUUUGUUUUGAUGGAGGUUCCUUCUGUAGAUAAAAUGUCAUUAAUAAAUCCUUUCGAGAUGCCUAUUGUCAUACUGUGUAUACCAUUAAGAUCAUUUUAGUAGAUUAGCAAUGCCUAUAAGUGACACCAUAUAGUAUAUAAUAUAAUACAGUCAAGUGUCCUCUUUUUAGUGUUGUAACAGUUUCUGUUAGACAGGUAGAAAAUUAUAGGAUAUUAAAUGUUACAUUGGCAAAAGCUCCUAUGUUCAUUUGAAAUGUACUUUUAUUUGUGCUAGAGUAAUUGUAUUUGAAAGAGAUGCCCAGUUUAUAAGUGCUGUGAUAUUCGAAGUGUUGAGGCUUGUACUGUCAUACUAGUUGAGAGGUCCAACGUGCCCAUCUCUAGGUGAGAGAUUUACCAUAGCAGUAAAUUUUACAUGAUGAGUUUUGUUAUUGUCAUUGAUACUUUAACUGCAACAUUUACCGUUAAUCUGAGCAUUUCAACCAAUCAGAGGAGAAAAAGUUUUCUGGACUCCAGUAGGGGUAGACAUAUAAAUUAAGUACCAGUCAGUCCCUGUAAUACCAUUGCUGUACAUUUCAAAAACACAGAUUUAGAACGUAUUUAAGAGAAGUAGUCAGGUUGAAAAAAAGGCUAAGGUCCAUCAAGUUCAACCCAUUCUUUUAAGCUGCUGAUCCAAAAGGAGGCAAAAAAACAGCCAUUUCUAGUCAUGCUACAAAAUGGGAAUAAAAUCCUUCUUGACUCCAUAAUGGCAAUCCGAUUUCUCUCCGGAUCAACCUGUUCACAUGCAUAUCCAUUAUAUACUAGAAUAUUCUGUUUGUGCAAAAAACAUCCAAGCCUAUAUAUAUAUAUAUAUCUUUAGAAUCUGAUAAGACAACAUCUUCAGAUAGAGAAUUCCACAUCUUUAUUGUUCUUACUGUAAAGAAUCGAAUCCUCUGCUGUAAGUGAAAACGCCUUUCUUAUAUUGUGAUGAUGCGGCCCUGGUGUCUCUGGCACUGAAGGUGUACCAGUUCAGGCACUCAAUUGUCUGUUGGUUUCUUUUACCUAACCUGCACCACUAGCUGUUUAACUAAAUGCUAGGACUCAGCUUUGGUAGCGUAUCCACUGGCAAUGCAGGAUAUACUGUACUAGUAUAGGAUAUUCUAUUUAUCUAGUCCUAUGCCAAUACUCUUUUUAGUAGUUGCCCUAUAGAGGACAAUGAAUAGCAAUAUACCUGUGAGACCUCAAGGAAGAGAUAAACCAGCUUCUUCUGGGCAACUCAAAUAACUUAGUUUAUUGUAGAAAAGGCCAGCAUAUAGAUAGAUCACAAAACACAGUAAAACAUAGUGUAUAAAUAUUGAUACCAAUGGGAAUAUAGAACUGAGCAGGACAAACAAAAGUUAAGGAGAGAAAAACAAGUAGCAAGAGAGGUGAGAACAGACAACAGCUCAAUUAGCCUGCCUUUUGGUGGGUCCCCUCUCUCUCACCUCUCUUGCUACUUGUUUUUCUCUUUUUAAAUAUAGGCACCAAAUCUGCUUUUCUCUCUGGUAAAUUCCAGAAAGAAAAGAAUCCUGAAAGAUUAAAAACAGCGGUAUAGAUCUUUAUACACUAAGCUCCCUAAGCACUCAUUGGUGAAUACAAACUGAACCUGGAGCUUUUUUUACAUUAACUUUAUUUAAUUGCUGUAGCACUUUAGCCUGUGUUUAUUAAUCCCCUGCUUGCUGUAAAGCUUUUGUAACAUAGAUUUACAAAUCUACAUCCAUAGAUUCUUCUUACCUAAAUACUAAAGAAAAAAAAAUCCUGAUCUUCCUUGAUUGUCACCUAGAUUCCAAUGGACUAACAUUUUCACUCUUUACCUUUUUGACAUUAAAGGACCACUAUAGGCACCCAGACUAUGGGUGCCAGGUCCAUCUAGGGUUAACCCUGCCUGCUUUAAACAUAGCAGUUUCAUAGAAACUGCUAUGUUUACAUUAGGGUUAAUCCAGCCUCUAGUGGCUGUCUCACUGACAGCUGCUAGAGGCGCUUCCGCCUAUGGACAUCAGAGAAGACACUGAUGUCCAUAGGAAAGCAUUGAGAAUGCUUUCCUAUGGACUGACUGAAUGUGCGCGCGGCUCUUGCCGCGAAUGCGCAUUCAGCCAAUGACGUUGGAAGGAGGAGAGUCCCAAGCCCUGGAGAAAGGUAAGCGUUUAACCCCUUAGUCCCCCUUCGGCCUGGCGGGUGGGGGGCCAUGAGGGUGGGGGGGACCUAUUAAUACUAUAGUGCCAGGAAAACAAGUUUGUUUUAUAGUGGUCCUUUAAUAUACUUAAAACCCUUUUUGGGGUUGGCCUUGCUCUCCUUUCACUAUGCACUUUUCAUUUUCAAGUCCUAUUUUAAGCCCUCUUGGCUUGUUUCAUUAAGCCACAUUGGUUUUAAUUUGCUUCUUUUAUAUUUGUUUUCCAAUAGUAUGUAUUGAGAAAUGUACUUUUGUAGAAUUUAACUACCUUUCAUCUCUCCUCUGUGAUUUUGCCAGUGAAUAGUUUCUGCCAGUCAGUUUGUUGUAAAGAUGCCAUUAUCCUAUUAAAAUUAGCCUUUCAUAAAUUAAGUGUUUUUUGUACACUCCAUAUAAUUUUUUUUUUUAUAAUCUCAAAUGAUACCAUAUUGUUGUAACUAUUACCAAAGUGUUCCCUAAUUUGAAUGUUUCAAAAUAAUCAACAUUAUUAAUUUUGACAAGAUCCAGACAAGCAUCUAUUUUAGUUGGUGCUUCUACUAAUUGAAACAUCAAUGUGUAAUUUAUCAGGUUCAAAAUUUCCCUUCACUGUACUACUAGUCCCCCCGGCUCAAUCAAUAUCUCUAACACAUCACGCAGAUGUGCACCCUUAUUAAUUUGACAUAGCUGUUGUUGUUCCCCAUCAGUAAUAAUGUUUGGGGGCUUGUAACAUUCCUACAAUUAAUGGAUGUCCUCUGUUUCAUCCUAUACAUAUUUCUACCCACAAGGCUUCCACAUCCUCAUCUAUAUCAUCACAUACAAUUUUAAUAACGCUUGGCUUCAAAACAGGUUCAAUAUAAAUGUAUACAUCCCACCAAGUCUCAGUAAUCUUGAUUAUGUCAUACUGCUCUGUGUAUCCCUUCAGCCGAUCAGGAACUCUUGCAUGGUUAGGGGACUUAGCUUUAUGCACUCCCAGGCAGAGGCAGCACUCAGCCCUGGAAGCUCUUAGUCCUCACCAGGACUUUUCCCCUUUGCAUCCCCUGCAAGCUGGAACAGCAGACACUGGGGUUAAAUCUUGCUUCCCUCCAAUAACAGGAUGACACACAGUUUUGUAGGUUUAAGCACUGGCCUCUCAUAAGGCUGACUCACAAUCUUUAUUUUGAACAUACAGUCUUUAUGCUCAGACCCCCACAGGGGGUCUCCACUCAGUACAGCACAAUCCCAGGGAGGAGGGGGCUGGGUUACAGAUAGCCAUCUCCCGCUCUGGGAGAUACCAACAGCACACACAGGUAAAUCGCACGAAAUACAUAACCAAUAAUAUUAUGGCAAGGUAGCCCAUAAAUAUAACAAUGUUAAGAAGCAAGUUUGUAAAGAGUAAUUAAACAAUACCUCCCAAUUAAUGUGUGAAUUUGAUUAGCAGGCACUGGAAAUGUGUGGUUGAAGUCAGUGCUGCUAAAGGAGAUUAAACGUUCACAUACAUGUUCCAGUUAAAACAAAGAAUAGAAGCCAAAGGCAGUAAGCACUGUGGCAUAUAUGUAUGGUGGCAAUUAUGGAGUUAAUCUGCCUUGUCUGCGAUUGGAAUGUUGGGGAGAAUUACCAGAUUUUACUAAUUACAUGACGUAAAGGACACGGAGGCGAGUAUUAGGCUUAUCUCUUUCUUUUAUUCCUCAGCAGCAAAGAAAGCUAAAGUAUUUUGUAAUAUAGAAAAUAUGAACAAAAUACCCUCACAGGGUUAAACCAUUACAUCACUAUAUCCUAUAGAAUAAGAACAGUCCACAUAACAUAUAGUUCCAUGUGACCCCCAUCUCUUCCUCUUUCCUGUUGAUGCCGAAGCUAUUAUUUAAUAAUCGCAAUAAACCAAUCAACUGAAACAUCAGAGAACGUGCAGGUAACUGAAAUUCUUGGCAACGGAUCCUUCCUAGAGAGAGAGACGGAUCUUCGGACCUGAUCCUCUCGAACUGUGGAAGAUGUCGAUGUUGUCAUGAUGUCAUAACUUUCAGGCUUGAGGGGGACAGAGAGAACAAAUGGUAAAAUAGGUUCUCCCAACUAUUUUCAUAUUAUCAUAGUAUUAAACCAUUCUAAAUAUAAUCCUUUACUAUCUGAAUCACACAUUUCUAUGGUAACUGUUGAAAUUUUUGAGUCAGGCAUUAAACAACAAAGACUCGACCAUGUACUAUGAACAACUUCUCACAUAUCUGGGUUGGGAUACAAAAAGUCCAAGCUUACCAUGUCUGGGUGGGCUAAUACUCGCCUCUGUGUCCUUAAUAAAAUCACGACUCUGGUAAUUUUAUUAAAAGGUCACGGAGGCUCUUAUUAGGCUAGUUUAAAGCUGUGAAAUAACCGCAGAUGAAACAUGUUCUGUAGGUCUAAAACAGUAUUCUCUAAACGUAGAUUCACAGGACCAAUCCGCUGUUCUGAGAUAGUCUUCCAAUCUACAGCCCAAAUUGAAAAUCUUUGAAACCAUGGCUCCUCUAGUAGAGUGAGCGCUAUAUAUAGAUGUAUCCACGUCCUCCAAGGUCAUUAUCCAUUUCACCCAUCAGGCUAUCGUGGAUACCGGGUGAUGAGGCAUUUUGGUGGCUAAAAACUAUUCUUGAUGUACUGGACUCCUGAAUUCCCGGGUUUGUUUUUCGUAUUCCUGUAGGCAAGCUACCGGGCAGAGGUUGACAUUAUGUGGGAAUGCCGGAUAGGAAACCUAGGUAGUCGAUGAUUUAGUUCGUCUGGAAAUGUUGAAUGACUCUCCCGUGGGUGUGAAAGAUCGUGCAUCUAUGUCUAAUGCCCGGACAUCUGAGACCCGUUUGCAGGAUAUCAGGCAAAGUAGCAUGGCCAGUUUUGCUGAUAGUUGUUUAAGUGUGAGUCCCUCAUUUCAUGGCCAUGAUUCAAACGAAAGACUAGGUUCACAUCCCACACCAUCGUGUUUCGAGGCUGGGGUGGUUGAGCAAAUUUUAUACCUCGUAGGAGCUGGCACACCAGCGGUUGCUGGCCAGCCGGAGUCCCCUCUAGGCCUCGAUGGCCGGCCGAGAUAGCCGAUCUGUAGACGUUAUAGGUACGGUAGGCCAGUCCUCGGUUAUAUAGAUUGGUAAGGAAACUUAACAGCUAGGUCAGAGGAGCACGUACAGGAUCUACCUGUUGUUCCAUGCACCAACUACGCCAUCCGUUCCAGGCAUAUUGGUAGGAUUGUCUCGUUCCAGGUGCCCAUGCCCCUGCCAGUAGGUCGAGUGUCCUGUGAAACAUCUGGUAUGAUCCAGGGUCCCUGGAAAGGAGCCAUGCUAAGAGUCUGAGGUUCCCCUGAAUUAGCAGGGGGUGUGGGUUGUCCUCUGGAUCCAGUAUAAGGUGUGAGACAUCGGGUAGUAAUCUCGGAAGGUCGAUGGACAGGGAUGGGAACCAAGGUUGCGCAGUCCAGAAUGGAGUUAUGAGGACCAACGAUGUCUGGGCUUGUCUGAGCUGUACUAAUGUCCAUGCUAUGAGAGCGAAAGGAGGAAAUGCAUACAAUCGACUCCUCGGCCAGUGUUGGAGGAAGGCAUCCGCUGCUAGGGCGUCUGGGUCUGGUCUCCAGCUGAAGAACAUUGGUAACUGGGAGUUCAAACGAUCAAACGAGAUGCAGACAGGUCCAUGGACAUCGGGCCCCAGAGCGUUUGAAGUUGUAGGAAUGUUUUGCGAUCCAGCCGCCAAUCGCUGGCGUCUCACAGAUGUCUGGAGUUCCAAUCCGCUACUAUAUUGAAUAGACCGGGGAUAUAUACAGCUUGGACCGAAAUAUUGCGAUCCUGGCAGUGUUGCCAAAAUUCUUUGGCCAGGUCUGUCAGGAUUUGUGAUCUCGUGCCACCUAGUACUAUCGAGCAAUUGCUCAUGAUUCCAAGGAGGCUCUUCAGAGCAAAGGAACUUGCCAUGAGUUCCAGGCCGUUGAUGUGCAGUUCUUUUUCUGAUAUCGACCAUUUGCCUCUGGUGGAGACAGGCCCGCAGCGCGCUCCCCAAACCUUGUGUACUCGCAUCGGACUCUAUGAUGAAGUCCGAAGCAGCUCCGAAGAUUGCUCUGCCGUUCCAUGCUUCCAUGUGUUGUAGCCACCAGGUGAGUUCCUGUUUGGCUUCGUGGUCGAGAGGAACGGAGUUGGAGUAUGAGUGCCCCAAGCGUAAAUGUGUGGCCUUUAGCCGUUGAAGCGCCCUGUAGUGGAGGGGUCCUGGAAAAAUUGCCUGUAUGGAGGCUGAGAGGAGGCCGAUUAUCCUGGCCAGUUGCCGUAAGGUUAAUAUGGGACGUGACAAUGUCCUGCAUAUUUCUUUCUUGAUGCUCUUGACCUUGGUAGACUGAGCGUUCCUUUUGUCGCGUCUAUAUUGAAUCCCAGAAAUUCCAUGGUUUGGGAUGGGGUUAAUAUUGAUUUAGAAUCCCAAAUUUUGUAGAAGGGACAGUGCCCAGGAGAUGUGUUGUCGUAGUAGUUGGGUGUCGUGUGCCAUGAUCAGCAUUUCGUCCAGAUAUAUGAUCAUCCGUACACCCCUGCUGCAUAGGAGAGCUACCACGGACUUUAGCAGUUUGGUGAAGCACCACGGUGCCGAUGAUAGUCCAAAGGGGAGGCAUUGGAACCUACACGUCGUCCCUUCCCAUUGGAAUUGGAGAAGGUUCUGGCAAUCUUUUGCAACAGGGAUUGUGAGGUAGGUGUCUUGUAGGUCUAGUUUGACCAUCCAGUCCUGCAAUCUGAGGAGGUCCCGAAGGCAAUGGAUUCCCUCCAUUUUGAAGUGGUGGUAUCGCACAAAUGCAUUUAGGGGGCGUAAGUUGAUGACUGGACGCACCCCCCCACCUUUCUUGGGCACUAGGAAGAGGUUGCUUUCGAAGCCGUGAGAGUAUGGCGGGACCCGAUAGAUCGCGCCCUUCUCUUGCAGUGCGAGGAUUUCCUCGCUUACCAGGGUCUUGUCAUGUGCGGAGAAGGCUAUCUGAUGUGGUCUGGAUGUUUGGACAGGGUGUUGAAUAAAUUCGAUUUGGUACCCUAGGACCGUAUGUAGGACCCAAGCGUCAGUCGUCAGUGUGUACCAGGUCUCUAUAGAGUGAGACAGUCUGCCGCCCACUAUAGAUAUACACGGGGAAAGGGGUGGUAGUACACUUACCAUAAGGCCGUCGGCCAUACAAGGUGCCCCUGGUUCCUCGUGCUUGCCACGAUCUGACCCUGACCGGGAAGAAUGGCGAAGGGGGCUUUGUCUCCGGAGGUUGAAACCUAGGUGUGGCAGGGCCUCGAUAUCCUCAGUAUGAACCUCGGGAAGAGCGGCCGGACAGAUGGCCCUGGUGUCUGCCGGCCCCGCCAAACAUUUUGGGAGAGAACACUCUCUUUAAAUUUGUUUGUGCCUUGUCCAAUGCCAUAAAGGUGCUGGCGUAGUUACCCAGCUCCUUUACGAACGUAUCUCAGAAGAGAAAUCCUUUUGCCUGUGGCCCAGGCUCAGAUAUGGCCAUAUUAACCAGUUUCGGUUCGAUUUUUAUAAGGAUGGCCUUCCUUCGCUCUGUGGCUAGAGGUGCAUUUGCAUUGCCGAUGAGGCAUAUGGAACGUUGGACCCAAGCCCUAAUGGCCAGCAGAUCGAUAGGGGUCCCAUCAGUUAAGGCCACUUCAACCAUCUCAAAUAUUUUUGCACUGGGGCCUAACGUGUCCAGUACCUUGUCCUGGCAGUGGCGUAAGGAGUAGUCAAGCCCCUUUUUCGCCUUCCAGCCAUGUCGGAGACCAUGGGGCGCGGGCAUUCCGCCCUAAGUUUGUUCCUUGUGGCCUUGUCCAGGGGUUUCCUGAUCAAGGCCGCUAUAUAAUGCGCCACAUGCCCGGUCGGGAUCUAUUCUGCCGACCUUGGGUUCUGUAACUCAUCGGGAUCAAAUAGGGGCUCCCCUUGUGGGUCCAGGAUAGCGGAUGUAUCCGCGUUGUCUAUGGUGGGUAUGGCUGUUUUGCAUGUUGGGCUGUGGCCCUUGGAGGAAACCUCCGAUUCAGUGGACUCGUCAUCGGACUCGUUCAAGACCUCCUCCGAAUCCGAACCCAAGUCAGAUGAGUCUGAUAGUGCUUUUGCCCCUUUCCAUGUCCGCCCUUUUUUUACCCGGCGGGUGGCUCUUUUUCGUGGGGGCCCCACGACCUCAAUGUUGACAGGACGCAACCUGUCCGUAAAAUCAGUUUUGGAGACAUGCGCACCAACGUGGUGGGUCUUUGCAGUAGCUUUACGGCCGCCCUGCGCUAAAGGCUUAUUUUCAGGCACCUCAGGCUUACGGUUAUACUCCAUACUGGCGUUAGUAAUGGAGUGGGAAAGAGUGUCAGACAUUGUCCCCAUAGCGGAGUAAAUAGCCUGGGUGACCGAUUGGUCAUAGUAGCGUCUAAAAGGGAAUGGAGUUCCUCUGAGUUUAGUUGUUCCAUAGGGGUUAACUCAUCCCCUUGGCUGGAUUGGGGUCCAGGCUCCGUGGUUAUUGGAUGCCUGGAGACACUCACUGCCAAAGUGGGUGCAGUGCUAGGGUGAUCUUUAGGGGUCUGCAUGGUAUUAGCAGGAGAGAACUAAGCAGGCUGUAUAGUACAAUAAGAAACAGUGGGCAGUUAUUUGGCUGUCAAAUUUAACAGUCUUCAAUCACCUACAGCAGUGAUAGGUAAAGAAAUUGCAGGCAAGGCACAGAACAAAAGACUGAGCUGUCAGCUUACCGAGUGUUCCCUCAGGAAUGGCCGCUGGGGUGCACUGGCAAGCUGACAGACAGUUGUCUGGCCCAAUCAGCUCGCGCCCACCCCUCAGUGGGCUGCACGAGCCGGGAAAAAAGCGCGACAAAGUUUUGCCACACACAAUAUGGCCGCCGCGGUGCGCGGCCGCCACUGCGCGAGUGGCACCCGACCGUGGGUCGGCCCAGACGGAACGGACAGUUCCCAGGAGGAUGCCCCAUGUCUGGGUAGCCGGCCGCUGCAAUCGGCGCUAGAUUAGGGUAAUAAGCUACCCAGAAUGCAAGGGAAAAUGGAAUGGGCGGCAAGCUGAAGCAGCUCACCCCUAGGUGGCUCCCAUGAAGGGGCCAGCACAAAACAAUUAACAGUAAGACAUUAAACAGUUGUAAAUUAAAACAUUGAACUCGGUGAACAGUACAGUAUUACACCAAAUAUACAGAUAUAAACACAGGCAGUAAAAACCUGUCAGAGUGAAAUUAAAAUGGUGGUACUUAGCUGAGGCAGCAGCAAAGAAAGAGGAAGAGAUGGGGGUCACAUGGGACUAUAUGUUAUGUGGACUGUUCCUAUUAGAUAGGAUAUAGUGAUGUAAUGGUUUAAACCUGUGAGGGUAUUUUGUUCAUUUUUUCUAUAUUACAAAUACUUUAGCUUUCUUUGCUGCUGAGGAAUAAAAGAAAGAGGUAAGCCUAAUAAGAGCCUCCGUGUGCAGAAGUGAUGACACUGCUGUUGCUGGGGGCUGGAAAUUGGUUGAAGGUGGCAAGCAUAAAAAGAGCGGGAAACUGGGGCAGUAUAAAAAGCAGCAGCCAGAGUGCAAUUCUGUCAGAGUGUAGUGAAGCAGGAGUGGUGCGGACGGACCCAGCUCACCCUCCCUUUAAUUUUAUGUAAUUGUAAUGUCAGGGUAUUUUGAAGCAUGAUACACAAGUCAUCCUCAGGGUCAAGUUCUGAGGAACGAUAUGGUGGUUUUAAAUAAAAGGCGGUCAGGUCAUCUAAGACUGACUGGCACUUUGGUGGUUAAUAAAGUUAAAAGUUUUAAACGUUUAUGUUAUAUGGUUAUGGUUAUAAAAUUAUGUUUGUAAGCCCAUUAAGCUUUAAAUAAACAUCACGCCAAGCCCAUAAAAAAUAAAAAAUACGUCUUUGUGUUACCUAUUUAAAGUGACAUUAUAUUUUAUAUUUGCUUCUUAAAUAGCCAGAAAAUAUUAUAUUUCUGAAUUUGGUGGAAGAUAUGCUCCAGGCCAAGGAUCACUAUGCACAUAUAUGAUUCUACUAAAAAAAGGGUAAAAGUACCAGCGCUAAUAUUACAAUACAAAGUGAUACAAUUAUAUCAGGAAUACUAUUGAUCUCUAGCUGCUAUAACACCCCAAACUUAUCUUUCAAAAUUGUAGUACAAACCGGUGUAUGGGUGAAGCGCUAUAUGUAAAUAGAUCAAAGUGAAGAGAUAAUACCAAGUGAUGAACACCAAAAUACUGAAAUUAUACCUUCUUUUUAUAUGUAAUUCACAAUAAUUCUUUAUAGGAAUUUCCUAAAACAUAAACAGAAAGAUCCAAACAUAGUGCAAAUCUGUAAUGUUUAAAGGUGUGGUAGAAAUAUACAAAGGUCCCACUCACACUUUUAGGAGCUAAAGAGGUAUAGCUCAAUUGAAGCACUUUCAGAGUCCGUAAAGGCGACCCUUAUCCCUUCUUUUAACUCUUCCUUUCUUGUAUUCUGAAAUGUAUAAAGGAAAAUACCUCUGGUGCAGUAACGUAGACUAGGUAUAUGCAAGUAGUAAGGGAAAUAGGGUACUUACAAACCCAGAGCCAUCCACAUCGGCUCUGAUCCAAUAGCUUGUGUGGAUUAAGGACCACACUCCUAUGAUUCUACUGCUUAGAGUUUCUCUCCUACCUGAACUGAAAGCAUAGCUAACGUUUUCCAAUUGACCUUAAAUUUGAAAUUGACCUUGAAUUUUCACUUUAGUGAACAACCCUUUAUACCAGGCCUGUCCAACCUGCGGCCCCCAGAUGUUGCUGAACUACAACUCCCAUGAUUCUUUCAAUUAAACAGAUAGCCAGGGAAUCAUGGGAGUUGUAGUUCAGCAACAUCUGGGGGGCCACAGAUUGGACAGCCCUGCUUUAUACAGUAACAGGAGUCUUAAAUGACAGCAAUUUUAUAAACACAUUGCACAUAAAAAAUAUGUUGUGGCCAUGACUCUGUUUGUUUUUGUGUUACAGUGUGCGCAGAAGCCUACAAUCCAGAUGAAGAGGAUGACGACACAGAAACAAGAGUAAGUCAGUAGAUACGGGGGCAUUUACAGUACAUAAGUGACCAUCCAGACACAGUAUAGAUCCCCAUAUUGGUUCUAAUUUGGGAAUGAGGGAAUGAGGGGAUAAUUGGAGCAAUUAUUUUUUCUGCAAUGUACCUCCCUUCUCCAUUCACAGCCUCAUGUUUCCCUUGCAAUUAAAACAAUCAAUUCCCUCCAAACCCCCCAUUUACAUUACUGUAAAGAUUUGUCUUCCCUACCACAUAUGCAGAAACAGAGCACACUGACCAAAAGAAAAAUCAGACUAUUACAAAUGCCUGCACAGAUAUACACAUGCAGACAUAUAUUCACACAUGCAUAGCUGUAGAUCUCUCCAUUUUUAGACACAUGCCAAAUGGGAUGCUGUUUUGAUGCUGCACCUGACUUCCCCUCUGUUACCCUCAACAUAUCUGCUGCACUUUCCUUUCCCUCAGUCUAAAAAUUCUGAAUUUUGCAUGACAUGAUUUCCCGUGGGCCCUGGCAUGGAUGCACAGCAGUAGUUUAGCCCCUGUUUCUCUAUAGAUAGUCAUUAAAAGGUGCAAGGUGGAGAGUGUCCCUACAGAACAAUAUUAAAACUUAAUAGCUAUAAAUAAUUUGUAACUGUCUGGCAAUAGAUAAUAAUUGUGGUAAAAUAUGCCAUUCUCUGUCAGCAGAUAUUAUAAUAAUGUUCUUGUAGCUGGUUCAGAACAGACACUUAAAAUGCAGUAUUCAUCACUAAGUUUACUAGUUGUUGACACAAGGUUAACCAAUAUGCAUUGGGUUCAACUACAGAGCUGUCCAUCACUAGUUAUCUUAAUAGUUCUCUAUGAAUCUGAAUUAUUUAAAAAUAUUUACAUGUACCAUAACCAAAUAUGCUCCAUACAUAGGCUGUGGUGAAAAUUUGGGGAAAGCAUUGCCCAUAUAAGACCUCAUCAUACAAUCCUCUGCAACCUUCACUAACCUUUACAGAGUGUAUGCCAUGAUGCUUUGUCAUUCUCAGCUAGUAUUUUGUUAGCAGACAACUAUACGUAUGUUACAGAUUUUUUAACCGAUUUAUAAAAACUUUACAAGUAUAUCUAACAGUUUGCACUCUUUCCUGACUCCAUGCCGGUUUCCAAAGAUCCUCUAUUGGUGGGUGACGGGCUUCUGGCUUUCUACAGAGCUGCAGAAGCUGCAGAACUGCAGAAGUCGAUCCAGUUGGCAUUCAUACUGUGCAUAACAAUUUGCACAGAAUUGCCUUUAGCCAGCGCAAACCUCUUGUUCCACUCUGGCCACCCAAAUGAUGCACCUUCAGACUCCAGGCAUCAUGACCACUUCAAAUCACUGAACAUUUACAUUCUGAGCUGUCUGCUUUGGAGGUGAGUGGCAGGCUCCUUCCCAUCACUCCUGACACUAUGCAAUAAGAGAAAAGGUAUUUAUGUAAAUGUAGUAUAUGUAUAUUUAUUCUCUUACAAAAGCCAAUAUGAAAACUUUUAAAUGACACUUUAAAAUUGUAUACAUACAUUGGGUCAUUUAAGGCCAAAAUUAAUACUGUCGCAUUAUAUUUAUAUAUAUUGUAGGUUAUCCAUCCAAAGACAGAUGAUCAACGGAACAGACUGCAAGAGGCCUGCAAAGAUAUUCUUCUCUUCAAGAGCCUGGAUCAAGUGAGUGUUCACAUACAUGCAUUGAUACAUGUAUCUCUUCCCUUUACCCCCUCAUUGCUCUAACACAGUACACACUACACAUUAACGUUUACAUCACCCUAACACAAAAUACUAAACUGUAACCUCUACACUACAAUCUAACUUAUAAACUAAAUUAACACAAAAUAUUAACCUCUACAGUACACUAACACUAAUCAUUUACACCUACAUUACCUUAACAUGUACACUAACCUUAAUCUAAAAGUCUCAUGCAUAUGAAAGGUUCAUUUGUGUAGGCUGUAUUAUGGGAAAGUAAUACACUCCACAAUUGUGAGAAAGUAAUUCACUGGCCACAAUAUCAAAACCACCUGCCUGAUAUCGAGUAAUCCUCCCUCAUGAUGCCAAAACAACUUCGAUGCGUCAAGGCAUGAAUUUUACCUCUGAACUUGUCCUUUUGUAUCUGGCACCAAGAUAUAAGCAGCAGAUCCUUUAAGUCCUGCAAGUUGCGAAUUGGGGCCUCCAUAGAUUGGAUUUCUUGUUCCAGCACAUCCCAUGGAUGCUCAAUUGGAUUGAGAUCUUGGGGAUUUGGAGGCCAAGGCAACACUUUGAACUCUUAGGCAUAUUCCUGAAACCAUUCCUGAACAAUUUGUGCACUGUGGCAGUGUGCAUUAUUGUGCUGAAAGAGGCCACUAAGGGAAAACCAUUGUCAUGAAGAUGGUCUGCAAGGCAGGUGGUACGAGUCAAAAUAACAUCCACACAAGUGCCCAUAAUGCAUCCUUCUGCAAACUUUACACAUGCACCUGACCAUCUAUCUGAUCUAAAAGAAAACAUGACUCAUCAGAUCAGACAAACUUCUUCCAUUGCUCCAUGGUCCAGUUGUGACACUCACGUCCCCUUUGAAUGUGCUUUGCGGUGAACAGGAUUUAUCAUGGGCACCAUGCCUGAUCUGCGACUAUGCAGCCCCAUAUACAGCAAACUGCAAUGCACUGUGUGUUCUGACACCUUCUAUCAUGGCCAGCAUUACGUUUUUAAGCAAUUUGAGCUUCAGUAGCACUUCUGUGUAAUCGGACCUUUGCUCCCCAUGUGCAUCAAUGAGCCUUGGGCACCUAUGACCCAGAUUCCAGUUUGCCAGUUGUCUUUCCUUGCACCACUUUUGGUAAUUACUAGCCUCUGCAUACUGGGAAUACCCCACAAGACUUUACAUUUUGGAGAUGCUCUGACCCAGUAAUCUAACCUUCACUAUCUGGCCCCUGUCAGAGUCACUCAGAUCUUUUUGUUUACCCAUUUUUCCUUGCUCUCAUCACAUGAAAUUCAAGAACUGACUGUUCACUUGCUGUUUAACAUGUUCCACCCCUUGACAGGUGCCAUUGUAACAAUAUAAUCAGUGUUAUUCACUUUUCCUGUCAGUGGUUUAAAUGUUGUGGCUGAUCAGUGUAGAGCAAUAUAUGUUUAUUAGUUUUAGUAGAUAUUUCUUUAAAAUUGAUUUCUUUUUGAUUAGAUUAACAUUAUCUAAAAUCUAAAUUGUUUUGGUGGUGUUAUGGGUUUAAAUGUUCUAUGUAACCUGCCUCAUAAUCUUGACUUUCUUUUUAGAUUCAUAACAGCAUUGUGCAAUCUGUCUGUGAGCCAUGGGGGUCCUUUAAAAUUAAAUACAUAAGCAUUUCUUGGCUUCAGAUAGUGCCUAGAUCACUGAAGUGGUUUCAAAGCUAAUUAUGUGGUAGCAAAUGGAUUUUUAGAGCUUUCUGUCAUAGUAGAUCAGUUAAAAUUGAGAUAAUGUUUUAACCCCUAUUAAAAUAGAAAACAAAUAACUUAACUGCAGUUGGGGAACCAAAACCAUAACAAUAGAGUACUCUGAUUAGACAAACAUAGAUUUUAUUUGAUAUCUCUAUUUAUCCUGAAAAUUGCCACCUCCAUCUUAACUCACUGUCUACAAAGGAGGAGCCUAGUUGCCGGGUAAAGAGAGAUGUCAAAUGGAAUUUGCCUGGGGAUUUAACAAGAAGAUAGAGUAUUGAUUGACAUUGUUUCAGUUUUGAAAGAUCGAGCAUGGUUUCACAUUGUUUUAUGCAUAGACUUUUGCACUAUGAAUGUUUUGUGAUUUAUUUCUUUUAUUUUUUGUUUUAUUUAAAAGGACACUCCAGGCACCCAGACCACUUCUGCCCAUUGGAGUGGUCUGGGUGCCAACUCCCACCACUCUUAACCCUGCAAGUGUAAUUAUUUCAGUUGUAAUAAACUGCAAUAAUUACCUCUCAGGGUUAAGUCCUCCUCUAGUGGCUGGCUGUCAGACAGCCACUAGAGGGACUUCCAUGUUCUUAGAACACGAAAAGUGUUUUAAACAACGCUGGCGUCCUCACGCUAUGCAUGAGAACCUCCUGCGUCGCCAGAAUCCUCAUAGGAAAGCAUUAAAUAAUGAAGCGGCUGACGUCGGCGGGGGAGGAGUGUGGACGGAGCCUGACCAUGCGUCGAUGUCCCUCACCUCUUCAGCAACAUAGGAUGGGGGUGGGAGGGAGAGGGGCACUGCAGGGUCCUGCAGUGGCAAGAAGAAAAAGGAAAUGUUUUCCUGGCACUGGAGAAUCCUUUUAAUUUACAUAUUUAUAGCUACUCUCUUGGUCCUGUAAGCACCUUCCACUUAAUUUAUUAUUAUUUUUUUAUUGUAUUGAUUUAUUUUUAAAUGAACAGUCUUUAUUAAAAUAACAUAUUUGAAAUACUAACUGAAAGUGUCAUAUCUUUUGUUUUCAGGAACAGAUGUCCCAAGUACUCGAUGCCAUGUUUGAAAAAUUGGUUAAAUGUGGAGAACACAUAAUUGAUCAAGGCGAUGAUGGAGACAACUUUUAUGUAAUCGACAGGUAUAGAAGCAUAAUUGUGCAAAUAUACAUUCUCUGCCCAUUUAGAGAAGCACAUACAGUUAAUGACACAGAUUAUAACAUUAGAAUACUGAGCCACAAGGUCAUUAAGAAAUUAAUAAAAUGGGAGAUAGUCCAUGGAGCUGAAGGAACACAACUACACGGGAAAUUAAUUCUUGUGUGGACCCAAGAUUAGCUGGUCAGUUUAAUACGAGUCUUCAUUUUGGACAUUGUAAAAUUUGUCCGUCUAUCUUUUACAGUCAAAUUUCGAAGGUGUGUAGGCCAGCAAGAGAUUGCUGCAGCUUGGAUUAUAAGCUCAUGGGCUAUUUCAACGGCAGAAGUAGCACUGGUGCAGCCAAUGCAUAGACACCAGGGCAUCCAAGCUUGUGGUUCCAACAUAUAACUCUCACACUUAAGACCACCAAUGGUCCUACCAGAUGGGCCCCACGUCCCUUUAACAGUGUGAUUGGGGCCCUGAUAGCAAGGCCACUAUAGGGGAUGUUAAAGCUAGUAAGGGGUCCUAUAAUGGUGUGUUGUCUGGUUUGGGGCCAGAAUACAAUGUGGAUCUGACACUGCACGGGCCCCUUAAACGAUAGUACAACAUUCCGCCACACUGGGAGGAAGCGACGUCCGAUCGUUUCUCCCAGCGUUUAAAGUAAGUCGCGUGGGCGGAAAGAACAACCCAGCAAAGCCCCUUGAAAGACAGAUUCCCACUGGCCCCUAGAGAAGCCACACUCCUGAUAAAAAGUAGGCAAAGAGUAGGGUGGCCGAAACUACUUACAUUUUUAAUAUCUAAGUUUGUGUAUGCUUCUGUCAGUGUUUGUGUAUUUGCAUCUGCUGUUGUGUGUAUCUGCUGGUGUGUGUGUGAUUGACAGUGGGUUCGUAUGUUUGCCGGUGCAUGGCUUUCACCCUGCAUGUUGUGUAUGGUUGUAAGUGUGUAAUGGUAUCUAUGUGUGUCUGGCAUUGAGAAUCACUGUGUGUGCAUGUCUCUCUGGUAGUUAUUACAAAAUGCAUUUCAGUAUGCCACAUCAUGUAUCUGGGUGCGUGUGUAUAUCUGUGAGUGAGUCUGGCAUGUAUAUAUAUGUUUAAGUUUGUAUGUGUGUGUCAAGGAACAUAUGUGUGGGUUGGUGAGGGCCCAGCCACUGGGUGUGUAAGAGGUUCUAAAUGUUAUGGUAGCCAUGCCUGUUGUAUCGGCAGUUUGCUCAAAGUCCUAGGAGAAAGUGAAUUCAGGUCACUUCCUCCCAACUAACCAUAAUGCUGCGCGGUGACAGUGAAGAGAGAGGAGAAGGCAGUAAGAGAAGGGUGGUGAAUUAAGAGAGCCUGGAGAGCCUAACUCAGACUCCCAAAAGCCUCAGCUAGCAUCUAGAUCCUGGUGGACCCCCAGGGAAGCCAUCCCCCUACAUCCAUAAGGUAUGGAAAAAGGAGAGUGGCUAAAAAUAUGUAAAUUAUGAAUUCCAUCUUCACCCAGCGAGAACUCCGAGCAGAAUGAGCUUUCAAGGCAGAAAUAUGUUUUCUGAUAGCCUUCCCACUCUUUGAAAGCUCAGUCAGAGAUUUCUGAUUGGUUGACUUGUAAGCAAUCCAAUGUGAGUACUCUGACAUGUAAAUCUCACUUCUAUCGAAACUUGUCAUGUCAAUAUUCCGACUCCAACAGAUCUUUUUGGAUCUGUUGGGGUGCUCUGCCCAUAUUCUAUUUCCAGUAUAAGCAUAUUCAGAUUGAUUGUACUGCUCGAAUCACUACUUUGUAUAAGACAGCCAAUGAAAGUUGACAGUUCAGUGACUGACAGAUACACUAAUCAAUAACCGUUCAGAGAAGUGUAAUGACUGACUCUCCAUCUUUCCUACACUGUUGCCAAUCUUUCAAGCUAAUGGACAUGGGGGGGGGGGGAGGCACUUAAUAAUGGUCAGUUUGGGGCUCUCCUCUAAACGCUUUAACUGCUCCCUACUUUCCUAUGUAGCCAAAUGAAUGAGCCAGAUCAGGUCCCAAUUUUAAGCCCCAAAUGCCACCCUUUAAACAGUAAAUAGCUGAACUCCUGCUUACACUUAUAAUCAAUCAAGCAUGGCUGUAUAGGGUAAAAAUAGCAAAUGAUUUAAAAAAAUCUCAGUUUAACAAGUUUUGCUUUAAGUCCUUUAUUUCUACCCUUUUUGUGAGCUAGUAGAAAUAGGAAAACUGUGCUAUAAUAAGUCAUGAGUGCACAUGUUGGUAAUAGCUACAGGAGGAAAAUAUAUCUGCAGCUGGAUUUUAAAUGAGUCAGAUGUCUUUCCUAAAGUUUUACUACUCAUCUCAUGUGAAUAAAUCAUGACAUCUGUUUGGUAGCUUUCUAAUUAUGCAAUUUGGCAUCCAAUGUCAUUGCAAACUGGCUAAUUCUACAUCUGAAAUUUACAAAAGCAGAAACAAUCUAUCUUAAAUCUGUACAUAUCAAUAAGAUGCCACAUUCAUGGAAGUCAGUGUAAUGUAGCAACAGGUUUUAUCUGUAAUGUUCAUACUUAGAGGACACAAUAGUCACCAGAACCACUAAAGCUUGUAGUGGUUCUGGUAUUUAUACCAUGUCCAUAACACCCCAAUAUGUGUUCAGCAACAUCUCCUGAGUACAACAGUGACCCCAAUGUACAGGUUUUAUUGGUUUUUGCAAACUUAUAGGGGUCAAAUGUAGGACUUUCCCCUUUUCCAUGUUUGCACAUUGAAUUUUGCCAGAUUGGUUUAUGUAAAAGUACUUCGAUUUUAUAUAUAUAUAUAUAUAUAUAUAUAUCACAUGGCCCGCGAGAGACGGAUCGGGCAGGGGCGUCUUCCUGAGUUUCCAGGCAGACCCAGGAUCGCGAUCACCGGCGGGGAUCAGGUAGAUUUACUUGGUACGUCCACGGUUAUUACCCAUAGGUUUUUGGCGGACAUGCCUGGUAUUUCAUUGGUCAGGAAAGGGUUUAACCCUGUGAGUUGCGAGCUGUGGCUUCCAUGAAUUGGAUCUGUUGUUCCAGCACAUCCUACAGAUGUUUAAUCAGACUGAGAUCUGGGAAUUUUGAGGGCAAGGCAACACCUUAAACUGUUUGUCAUGUUCCUCAAACCAUUCCUGAACAAUUUUUGCACUGUGGCAGGGUACAUUAUCCUGCUGAAAGAGGCCACUGCCAUCAGGGAACGCCAUUGCCAUGAUGGGGUGUACGUGGUCAGCAACAAUUUCUAGGUUGGAGGUACCUGUCAAAGUAACAUCCACAAUUAUGCCAGGACCCAAGCUAUCCCAGCAGAACAUUGCGCAGAGCAUAACACUGCCUACGCCAGCCUGCUUUCUUCCCAUAGUGCAUUCUGUUGCCAUCUCUUUCCAGGUAACCAAACAACCAAACACACGUGCCUGGCCAUCCACCAAAUCUAAAAGAAAACUUGUUUCAUCAGACCAGGCAACCUUCUUCCAUUGCUCCAUGAUCCAGUUCUGAUGCUCAUGUCUCCAUGGAAGGAUCUUUUGAUGGUGGACAGAGUCAUCAUGAGCACUGUAACCAGUUUGUGGCUACGCAGCUCCAUAUACAGCAAACUUCGAUGCACUACUGUAUAGGCACCAGUGGUGUAUAGGCACUUACAUCACUAUACUAAAUAGUGUGUAUAUAGGUUUAUUAAAUCAGGCGAUUCCCCUACCACCUAAAGCAACAAUAUACCAAAGAAAAAGACAAUAAAAAUUCAUUCAUUCACCCCAGAGGGAACACACUAAGAUACUUAUAUGAAUCCCCAAGUAUGGUUAACCGCAACUAUGACAGCAGUAGGAAUAAGAAUAGAGCCCUGCUAAAUUAAUCAAUUUCCUGGUUGGGUGUGGGUCACGCCACUUCUGGCACUGUUUCGGUGACGUCACAUCCGAUGUAUUGUGCUUAGUGUGUUCACUCUGGGGUUUACGAAUUUUUAUAAUUUUUUAAAUUUGCUAUUCAGAUCUUUUCGUUUGUCGAUUUUCCUACCGGUUAUCCUUCCUCGCACAACUUUUGGUAAUUACUAACCACUGCAUACUGGGAAUACCCCACAAGACUUUACAUUUUGGAGAUGCUCUGACCCAGUAAUCUAGCCUUCACUAUCUGGCCCUUGUCAGCGUCACUCAGAUUUUUCCUGCUUUCAUCACAUGAAAUGCAAAGAGCUGACUGUUGACUUGCUGUGUAAUAUAUCCCACCCCUUAAAAGGACACUAUAGGCACUGUGACGGAGCUCCUGUACUCUGACCGAGUAGCUCCGCCCAGUGUGCUUCCUAACCGCUUGUCGGGACCCUGGGAUACUUCAGACCCUGGUCACCGAGGCUUGAGUGAGGUCCCUCUGGAGCUUUACCACAGCUCUCCUUUCAGGCUAGUAUAGAUCCCUCUGCCUAUUCCACUGCAGCCCUUCUUCCUGGCAGAUAUUGUCCCUUUUGCCUAUUCCACUGCAGUCCUUCUUUCAUGCAAGUAUUAUUCCUCUGCCUAAUCCUUACAGUGAUUAUAGCUAUUUCAUUUACAAAGGCACUUGCCGCUCUCAGGCCUAGCUCACAUUAUUUAUCCCAGGGCUUGAGGGAUCCUGCAAUCAACCAACAAAUCUGAGGAAUCUGUCACUGGGAUCCCAAAAAAUUCAAACAGGACACAAGUUCCAAAAGGAACUAACAUACAAAACUUUAUUUUUUCUUUGGAUUGGCCCAAAUGCACCUAACAUGUAGCUUAUGUUGACAAUUCAAUAAAAAUACAAAUAAUCAAAACAUAUCAUAAGGCAUACAGGGAAUUAUAAUAACACAAUAACAUAUCUACAGAGAGGUGGGAAAGUCAAUAACCAACACAAAAUAUCUCUCCUGCCUGUAGAAUUAGAAAUAUGCAAAUCUAAUUGAAUAUGCAAAUUAACUAUCCUUGCUAUUCAGUUAGUGCAUAUUGAUGUUGCUACCAGCAGAGGGUGGUUUACAGGCUCCAUAGGCAAAUCCACAAGUUGGUAACAAGCAUCAGCAGGACAGGAGAGCAUACAAAACAAUUAACAAUAUACAAACACAUUAUAAACACCCUGCACCUAUAAUGGGUAUAGGGUGACCUAGACAUAGGAACAAUUUAGGAACCUUUGUAAAGUGUCCUUCUGCUCCCAGUGAUGUUGACUACUGUCACAGGCACCCAGACCACUUCAGCUCAUUGAAGUGGUCUGGGUGCAAUUUCCCAUGUCUCUUAACACUACAGUGGUAACUAUUGCAGUUUUUGAGAAAGACAGCCACCAGAAAGCCAUUAGAGGGACUCCCGGGUGCUUGGACGACUAUUAGUUGUCUAAAUGACGCUGGACAUCCUCCCGCUAUGCAGGAGGACUUCCAGCGUCACUGGAAUCCUCAUAGGAAAGUAUUGAUUAAUGCUUUCCUAUGGGGAAAUCCUAAUGCGUGUGUAGACAUUGCCGCGCAUGCGUAUUGGGUCUUCCCUUCCCGGCUGACGUCGGUGGGGGAGGAACAGGGGCGCAUCCUGACACAGUGCCGAGGCACAUUGGUGCUGAAUUCAGGUGAGUGACUGAACGGGUUUUAACCCCUUCUGCGUCUCAGGAAGGUGGGGAAGCGAGGUAGGGAGUUCUGUAGGAACCUAUAGUGCCAUGAAAACUGCUUUUUUUCCUGGCACUAUAGAAUCCCUUCAAAAGGUGCCAGUGUAACGAUAUAAUCAAUGUUAUUCUCUUCAUAAUCAAUGUUAUUCUCUUCACCUGUCAGCGGUGUAAUGUUGUGGCUGAUCAGUGUAUUAACCCUUACCUUAAAAUAUCUGAACAAUUCUACUCCCUGCUACAUAUAUUUUCUCUAAUGCAUUGGAAAUGUAUUCUUCUCAGUCACUCUGCUUCAAAAACUGCAAUAUUUUACAUUGCUGAGUGUAAAUUGCAGGGCCACUGCAGCCAGAUCACUUCAUUAAGUUUAUCCACUGCUUCAUUUCUCAUAAUACUUUACUCACUACCCCUUUCAUGUCUCCCUCUUUAUCUCACUAUUUGUCAUGACUUCUCUCACUCUGGAAACCUUCCUGUAUAACCUUUUCACUUUUUUAAAGCUAAAUUCCGGUCUGUGAAUGGCCAGACUGUAUAUUGCAAAUGACAGUAAUGUGUCUAAAUUAAUAUGUACAUUUUCUUUUUUAUAUAUAUAACAGGGGGACCUAUGAUAUAUAUGUAAAGAUCGAUGGAGUUGGAAGGUGUGUUGGCACUUACGAUAACCAUGGGAGUUUUGGUGAAUUGGCAUUGAUGUACAACACACCAAGAGCAGCUACAAUUGUUGCAACAUCUGUUGGUGCUAUAUGGUGCUUGGUAAGAACUGAAAAAGUGUGGUAAUUUUAACAAAUUGUAAUUUGAACAUUAGUAUUUAAUUUAAAGGGAAUUACUGUGCCACAUUUAUUAAAAGGACACUGUAGGCACCCAGACUGCUUCAGUUUAUUGAAGUGGUCUGGGUGCAGUGCCCCUAUCAGUUUAACCCUGCAAUGGUUAAUUCCACCUCUAGUAACCGAUAUUGUACAAUUAACAGCUAUGCAUUACUCUCUGGUUGCUAUGUUCACGUUGAAAAACCUGUGCAAAGUUUAAUGUCAUACUAUAUCUACGGUAUGUUUUGUAAGUAAUUGUUUCAACAAAAAACUACAAAAUAAAGAAUGUCUUUAAAAAAAAAAAAAAAAUCCUCUUCCAGUGAUUGUCUACCAGACAGCCACUAGAGGCGCUAAUGAAUCGUUAAGCGACUUUUGGUCGCAUAACUGAUGCUGGAUGUCCUCAUCGUCUUUCAGACGAUCUAAGGUUUCUAGGGACAAUUCAUACUGUGUACCCUUAAAUCUUAUUUUUUUUCAUAUGGGCUGUUUUCUGUGCUGACUACUUCAAUUUCACUUUUUAGCAAGAAUAUUAAAACUCAUCACACUGUGCAGUUUGAUGACUGGUGAGUGAUAAAUCAUUUGCAAUGAGUUUAAGCUUUUCAGGUCCAGAGGUGAACCACUCUCAUUUCUUUUCAAUGUGCUGUCUAUAUAUCUGGUACUCAGAUGGUAUUACAAGUUAUAUAAGGAAAUAAUUAUUUUUCCAUUUUAUAUGAUUCUAACAGGUCAUGGGGUUAGGUUUAUAGAAAGAGGGUAGAGUGGAAAUACAUGGGUGAAUUUUAGUACCCUAUCACCUUAACUUCACCAGCCACCACUUUAGACUAUUACAAUCUUUUUGGGACAAGACUGGUGUGCCAUCAUCAAAACAUUGGCAUUAUUUGCCAAGUUCUGUGAGAAUUUCAGUUAUAAAAUAAAUAAGUUUAAAAAAAAAUAUUUUAUUUUUAUUUUUUUUAUUCUGUAUUUUUGUAGUGCAUGUUUAACAUCACAGAUAUACAUAGACAUGUCAUAUUUCAACAGUAUGGAGUGUUAGAGAGAAUUAGCAAUGCAUGUCAAGGUUACUGCAUCAUUUUUAAAUUAUAGGUUGCAAGAAGAAGUAAGUUGCUUAGAAUUCUAUAAAGAAGAAAUCAUAUAGCAUGGUAUAAGCUUGUACGUGUAAAUUAAACUAAAAUAUGAACUGGACACAUGCAGGAGGUGAGUAUCAGAGGCUUAGGUUUCUGCCUACGGUAACAAUGUCCCAUGAUGUGUAGAAUGUAGAGACAGGACCCCAGAACUACGUGCCCAUCAAAUUAACCCCUUUUAGCCUAUGCCCACAGAGUAUACAUAACUGUCCAGCAUAGAGGUGACUUGCCAGGAAGAUACACGCUUGCUUGGUAAGGAGAUGCCCGGUCACAGAAAGCAUGAGGGGCAGCUCAGAGGUGACUGUAGUGGUCUCUUCAUGUAGCUUAGUACAGACGCUUGUAUAGUGAGACUCAGCACUCCACAGCAGCGGCGGGCAGGAUGUCAGUCCACAACUCGCUUAAUCAGCUGGUAGUGCGGUUUCUGCAGGUUACGUAGUUUUGAUGUAGUCGAGUUAGGAGCCAUCUUGCGGGUACCGCCAUCAUGAGGUAGAGGUGCACUUUGCUGAGUUAAGUGAGGUAGGGUAGGUGCCUUGUGAAUCUCCACUGGAGCUUCAAUGCGACAGGCGAGACUAGACCAAAAGUCUGCAAACAGUCUGUCUAUUUUUCCAGGAUAGAGGGCUUCGGGUCUCGUGGUGUGAGUUCACAUGUGGCAUCUGCCACUGUGUAGUAGGCAGGUGGGCUGCAGUCUAGAGGGUACUGCUGGAAAGCUGUAACCGUAGCACUGGUAAUGAUUACCAGGAUAUCUGUCACCGCUCAGGGGGGGGGGGGAGAGUGGAGAGACCCCGAGCUGUCUUGUUGCCAGAAGGUAGAGGGUUCGGCCGCUUCCGUCUCCUCGUCCGUGAAUAGGCCCCUGCUAGGCCGCAGGUCUAAACAAGAUCCGCCUAGCUUGGCCAGAGGAACAGCUAGAACAGCCACCGACGGGCCCACCCGGUUACCGACCAGCGUUGGCUGCCUGAAGUCUGCAACUGUGGAUCGCUAAUCGUCGAUUUAGGCAAGUUUUUUAUUUUUAUUCCCCUGGAGCUCUCCUGGGACGUGCGACUGAUCAGCACGGCAGUCAGGCUCCGCCCCAAGUGAAAAUUUUUUUAUUAGAGCAUUAUCUUUGUGUUUUUAAUCACAUUAUUGCAAUUGUUUGUAGACGUUUUGAGCAGACGUUUCUGACUUUGGGCUCACAAAUCUUGUAUGAAAAAUUAUUAAAAUUGUGAUCAUAUUCUCACAGAUAUAAGAGAGUGAAAUAUCACACUGUUUAGUAGUUUGGAAAUAAAACCAAUUUAAUCUGAUGAACGUAACUAAAAUAAUCUGGAACCUUUGCUGAUUAAAUACUUGGUAGGAGGUAGAUCAUUUUCAUAAGUAACAGCAGAUAAAAUAUUAAUGGGGUGUUUAUGCAGCACCAGGGGGACUUCAUGGACUGUCAGAAUUCUCUCAGUGGUGUUUACUUAAACACUCUGAAUGUAUCCCUGCUGGUUGUACCCCCUGAUACAGGACAUCUGCGCCUAUGGUGAAGCGUAAUGCUGCAAACGAGAGCUGAUUUCUUGAUGUGAAAAGGUCAUAGAGUGGUUUUCUUUUUUUGGAAUCCAAAAGUUUGGUAGGCAGUGGAAAUGUCAUAAGCUGGAAAGAUAAAACCCCUUUGAGAAUUCUUAAUAUGCCUUGCUAUCUACCUGCUGGGUGCUAGCUUACUAAGUAGUGUGACAGUAGCUGUGAGAUGCCAAGCUCUACAUAUUCUGGCAUAUGUGCAGCAGGCUUAAUCAUAGACUUUUUAUGCUCCUAAAUAAGAUGCUAUAUACAUCAGGAUUUUUAUACAUGGAUUUACAAAUGAAUUAACACAACUUAAGUUGUAAUUUUUUCUAUCCCUUGAAUGAAAAAAACAACCUCUUUAUAAGCCUUUAUAUAAGAAGUACAAACAGACCUUCAUUAUGUUUAGUUAUUUGGCAGCAUGUAUUCUAUGAGAUAUUUUACUCUGACAUGUCAAGAGAGAAUGAUUGACAGAAUUGUGACUUGGUAACCAGUGGUACAUGUAUCUAUAAAAUAAGUAUUGUAAAGUUAAGAGUAUAGAGUACUGACAUUUUGAUUAAUUACCACCAUAGUGUUACAAUGUUGCAUAAUGACCAAGAGAGGCAGGGCUAUUAUCUUCAGACCCUUUACAAAUCCAGAAUCUCGGCCCCCACUAACUCAUAUGUAUACUCACACACAUGCAACCUGACAAACAGUUACCACUCAUAUACAUUCGAGACACACUCACAGAUGCAAACUGCCAUACAGACAUACAAACAAGGAUACUCCCUGCCAGACACACACAUAGAAUAAAAGACACACUAGUAGACAGACACACACACAUUGACAAACAUACACACAUGAAAAUCUAGUACAGGGGAGGGUAACCCAGUAGGAAUUGGGUAUGAUACCCUGAUAAGAGGAGAGAGUGUAGAAAUAAGAUGCUAAAUAGUGUUCAACUGGAUCAGGAUUCACCAGUCCUGUCUAAGACACUAGAUAAAGGAAACACUUUGGAUGACCAGGAGCAACUAUUUAGGAUACAGAGGAAAUAUUAUUAUUAUUAUUAUUAUUAUGUUCUUUAUAUAGCGCUUUACAAUGGGUGGACGAACAGACAUGUAGUUGUAACCAGACAAGUUGGACACACAGGAACAGAGGGGUUGAGGGCCCUGCUCAAUGAGCUUACAUGCUAGACGGAGUGGGGUAAAAUGACACAAAAAGAUAAGGAUAGUAUUAGACUAGUGACAGUUGCAGAGGAGGAAUCACUUGGGAGCUAUUAACAGUUUAAUUGAUACGCUUUUAUGAAGAAGUGGGUUUUUAACGAAUUUUUGAAGGAGUGGAGACUGGUUGAGCAUCGAACGGAGGAGGGAGGCGAGUUCUACAGGAACGGUGCAGCCCUCGAGAAAUCUUGAAGGCGAGCAUCAGAGGUGGGAGUACGGACAGAAGAUAGACGUAAGUCUUCAGCAGAUCGCAAAGGCCUAGACAGGACAUACUUGUGUAUAAGGGAGGAUAGAUAGGUGGGAGCAGCAUUAUGUAGCGAUGAGAAAGCAAGAACCAGAAUUUUAAAUUGAGCUCUAUAUUUUAUAGGAAGCCAAUGUGGGGACUGACAGAAGGGUGAGGCAUGGGAGGUGCGGGCGAACAGGAAGAUGAGCCUCGCCGCCGCAUUCAUUAUGGACUGAAACAACGCAAGUUGGGAGCACGUACUGAGAAGCGUAUUACAGUAGUCAAGGAGAGAAAUGACAGUGGAAUGGACCAACACCUUAGUCGCAUCUGGCGUUAAGUUGGGGCGGAUGCGCGCAAUGUUUUUGAGAUGGAAAUGACAGGGUUUGGCGAUAGACUGAACAUGAGGCUUGAAGGAGAGCUCAGAGUCAAAGAGAACACAGGAGGGUUUGUGCUGAGCAGCAAUCAUGCAAAUAGGAACCUAGUAACUGCCUGUUACAACCAAUCAGAUCCACAGGUGUGGUAUUUAGGCCCAGUUCUCCUCUUGCUCUGUGCCCUGUCGUGGUUUCCCUUGUAGUUGUCCGAGAGCGUGUUAUUGAUUCAGGUUUUUCUGUUUAUUUGACUUUGGCAUUGUUAUUGACUUCCCUGUUUUCUGGCAUCCCUGACCCCUGGCUUUUCCUUAUCAUUGUGUCUCUUUCUGUAUCCCUUGACCUCGGCUAUUCCUGACUAUUCUUUGAUACAUUAGUCCGGCCAUUCUAAGGUCCGGUAUACGUUACCUAUCAGUCCUCUGUGUUACACAAUUCUACUUGCUAGAUCAUACUGUAAUCCUGACAAUAUGUAACUUACAUAUCCUUGCACUACGCCACUCACCGGGUACCCUUACCUCCCCAAGCAGUUACACGUCCUCAGACACCUUUGCCAGGGUUUCUAACACAAAGUGCUGUAGCUUUGACUUUUUUAUGGCAUCAUUAAGCCACACCCAUUCCGUGAUGUCAUUGCAUCAUUGACAGCGCCCACUCAAAUUUUGGUUGUGUGACUAUCAAGGAAACACCCCCAGGUCUAUAAAUCCUUGAGCUUUCCAAAUAUUCAGUGCCCUGUUGUGGUUUCCUUGUGAUCCCAAUAGCGCAUUCCUGAUUAUCUUUGAUUUCCUGGUUAUUUUGGCUUGUCUGACUACUCUGGUUUGUGUACUUCUCAACCCGGCUUAGUUUAUUGAUACUGUGCUUUCUGGAAUUGAUGAUCUCGGCUUGUUUUCCUUGACUGUGAUAUUUCACCUGCCGGAGGAAUCUUUUAAGCAUUACUCCCCGAUUAAUCCCAGCACAGACCAGUUUGAGGUCUGCUACUGGCUUAGUCUACCCCAGGGGGAAGCCUCUUUUAUCUUGGCACUUGGAGAGGACUGCAGGUCAGACUCCUUCCCACUAACAAUGGGCCCUGGACUGAAAGGGGGUUCUGUUUUAGAACCUUUUAAGCAUUAAUACCCUACUAAUCCUGGCACAAAAUGAUUGGAUGUCUGGUACUGGUUUAGUCUACCCUGGGGAAAGGAAGCCUCCGUUACCUUGGCACUUGGAGAGGACUGCCGGUCAACCAUUCAGACUGCUUUCCCCUGUUUUGUCACUGUUGCAAGGUUAGGGUACCCUUGUUUUGAAUUUUCUUCCAACUUGUGAUGACACCCCUCCCUUGCUGGUGUGUAUGGGAAAUGCAUUGAUUUGUAUAAUCACAAUAUGCAAAUUCAUAAAUUGCAAAACAAACACCAGUUGCAUCUGUAUAUCUGUGAUUUCCAUAGUUAUGUUGCUUGUUCUUCAAGUUAUGAAUGUUUAUAUGGAUGUCACUACAUGUUCAGGGACAAGUCAUCCAAGGAUAGUCCUUGUCCAAAAUAAAGUAUUGUGUUAGUUCCAAUUGAAACUGUGUGUCCUGUGUGGUUUGUUCAGGGAUGGCAGUCGUUUUCAGACCUAUUGGCUCCCUGAUUCUUUUUUUAGGAUGCGUUAAAAAAAGAGCUAAGCCAGAGAAUCACAAUUGCCUUUGUAAAGGCAACAGAAGAGGCAAAGGUAGAGGGGACGAUAGAUGCCUCGAAGGAAAGAGCUGCAGCCUGGUCCAGUAGACGAGAUAAUCUGAGACCCCAGUAAAGCUUCAGUGACUGGGUCUGAAGCGCUCCAGAGUCGCUGGUAGCAGAAAGAAAUCUGACCUGCUGGAGUUACUCAGUCAGAGUACACGAUCUCCAUCACAUACUGUUCUCGAACAGUUUAACCUGAUAGGUAGCUUCCAGAGCCGAUCUCCAGAUCCCCCCAGGUGGCAUCCAACUUCUGAAUGUGAGUUACAAGAAGUGCGUGUCACCGGCAGCACAAUUUGCUGCCACCCUAUUUACUAAGUGUGCCAAUAUUAGUGGAGGGCACUGUAUCAGAAACUUUUUAUUUGAUGUGGAUGUAUUUUUACAGUGCUAUAUAAAUACAAUUUUUCAACACCAUUCUUCCAAUUUGGCCUAAAAUUUGCAAAAACCAGGUCAGUAUCCAAGAAUUUCCGGCUUAGCGAAUAAUCCUGCAAACAGAUAAAAGUCAUUGUCGUUUUCAUCAUGCAAAAAAGGUUAUGGAAUUUGCAUUCAGUGGAUUUCAAGUUUUGGAAUGCCCUCUAGUGGAAAAUAUUAAUAAUUUCUGCAUCUGGUCUAUUUGAGAGAGGUUCACAAUGAUACAGUACUUUAUAAAGUAAACUUACCAGAGUACUAAGCCUGAAUUAAAAAGCAAAUCCACAAACAUUCUUUUCUCUUUGGGGAAUUUCCUAUCUAAGCUAGCCUUUAAGGAAUAACACUCUUCUCUUAUUCCUUUAGAAAGAAGCCACUGGUAUCCUUUGCCUCCUUAAUUUGCUGUGUACUAAUAUUUAUAUAUAAUUAUAAAAAAACAUUUAUUUUUCUAUAUAAGAGGAUCUCUAUUUUUGAAAGUAUAGGACAUUGGUUCUCCUCUCAUUCCUAAGCCCAUGUGUAUCUAAAGACUAUGACUAAAACUAAAUUGAAAUUUGCUGCCAAAAUUAACACCGCACAGAGGGGCUGUGGAAGGGGCAAAAGAAACAGACCAGGGAUUGAGAGAGAGAUCCUUAGAGGGGCUGGGAGGACACAAACAGACACAGAGGGGCUGGGGAAGGGGCAACAGAGACCGAUAGAGGUUUUAACUAAACCCAUUUUUAGGCAUGUCAGCUAAAAGCUACUGGAGAUUUAGUCGACUAAAACUAAAACAAACCAGAUUACUAAAAUACGACUAAAACUAAAGUUGCUUUUUAGUCAAAAGACUGUGACUAAAACUAAAUUGAAAUUUACCGCCAAAAUUAACACUGGAAAGAAAAAGCAAAGAUCUUAAGAAUUCUAUUAGCUAUCUAUGGAGCAGUUUAUUCUGAUAUGUAUUACCUAGACUCCUUUACUCACCUAUAUACUAAGAUCCUAUCCCAGUUACAGACCAUAUUUAUUAAAGUCUGAACUCUGGCAAAUAGGAAGUAUUUUAAUUAGCGUAAAUAGAGGUUUUAGCCAUUUGGCUUUGGAUAAUUUCUUUUGACCUUACACUUCUUCGAUUAACUUAUGGGUCAAGAUGCACAUGUAAAUAUUAUUGUAAUUUUGGAACCAUAUUUCUUUGAGACUAUUUUCUAGCCGACAUUCACUGGCAGAGUUUGUACUCUAGCAAGUUUUGUCAUUAUCCUCACCAUGUCAGCAUAUUGAUAUUGAGAUUGUGUGAUUAACGAGGACAAAAGUUAAAUCCAGUUCUAUGUCACUCAUGAGUUCUAACUUUGGCGGUAUUAUUUAUAUUGAGAAAUUUUGGGCUUGUGAUUCUGAUAAACACAAAACCAGUCAUUGGUGUCGCUAUGGGAGGUGCCGGUCAGAGGGAGUGACACCUGGUGCAUUUCCUUUCCUCACAUGCAGCCCGGAACCAGGGCCGGUGCAAGGAUUCUUGCUGCCCUAGGCAACAAUCCAUUUUGCCGCCCCCUCACGAAUGCAACUACAUUCCAUUUAGAUCAGUGCUAGUCAACCUUUUUCUACCUACCGCCCACUAAUGCAUCUUUUUGGUUGAAAGAAUUUCCUUACCGCCCACCAGUUUUCGCGCAAGUGCAGAAUAUUUUUUCGAAAGGAGGGUGUUUUAAAAAAAAUAAAUGUACGUACAUUUAUCUUUUUAUUUCUACUUAAUGCAUGUUUAUAAUGUUUUUAACUUUAUAAAGUUUAAUGAGAAAACAAUAAAGUAAAUUGAAAUUACCUUUACUAGUGAUUAAUGAGAUCCUUGAUGUUGAUGCUGCAAGAGUAAAUAUUUGAUAUCUCGUUCGAUUUUCGUAAGGAACAAACAAAGGUCUCCUCUUUCGGUGAUAUUCAGACGACUUCUCUGUUUGCGCAUAAUAUGAUUUCUUAUCUGUGCGUCAGCUCCCCUCCUCUCCCUCCUCAAUUCCCCUCCCCACUUUUUUUUCACUUUUUAAAAAAAACUUUUUUUAACCUUCCUUAUAGCAAUGCCCAGUAGAAAGGCUGAGCUAGGUAUCCCAUUUACUAUUACUUACUAUAGCCCACUAUAACAGACAGGCACACAUACAUACAUACAUACAUACAUACAUACAGACAGACACACACAAGACACACAUACAUACAGACAGACAGGCACACACAUACAUACAGACACACAGACAGGCACACAUACAGACACACACAAGACACAUACAUACAAACAGACAGGCACACAUACAUACAAACACACACACAGACAUGCAUACAGACACACAUACAAAGACACACACAUAAGACAUACAUACACACAUACAGACAGACACAAGACACACAUACAUACAAAGACACAUACAUACAAAGACAAGACACACAUACAUACACACAUAUAUACAGACAGACACACACAUACAAGACACAUACAUACAGAUAGACACACACAAGGCACACAUACAAAGACACAUACACACACAACACAUACAUACAAAGACAAGACACACAUACAUACAUACACACACAUAUAUACAGACAGACACACACACAUAUAUAUAUAGACACACACACACAAUACACAUACAAAGACACACACAUAAGACACACAUACAUACACACACAUACAGACACAUACAUACAGACAGAAACACACAACACAUACAUACAAAGACACAUACACAAACAAACACACACAAAAUAUUUUAGUCACCCUUCUGUUUCCUAACUUUUAGGUGCAGGAGGGUGACUUUCCCUGGGGUCCAGUGGUGGCUCAGGUGGAUGGGAGUCAGAGUUCCCACUCUGACUCCCUGGUCUUCCUCCCGCGCUGUCUGUGUGUUAGCUGGGAGGAGUGACGUGCAGUCACUUUCUCCCAGCGUGUGAUGUAAUCACAGGGGGCCCGGUCGCGCUGUUAAAGCGCCCAGCGAUGACCGGGCCCCCUCACAAUCCACAUCCAUCGGGUGGCCCUGACAGCAUAUGCGGUCGGGCCGCAAAUGGUGAUGGCAGUAUCCGGUCGCAGGGGUACUGCCAGCUCGCACCCGCCCGUCCGCCCACCCAAUCUGUCAAAAUUUGAAAAUUCCUACCGCCCACCUGGAAUCCUGAAACGCCCACUAGUGGGCGGUAGGGACCAGGUUGAUGACCCAUGCUUUAGAUGUUUAUUCACUAAACUCUGAAUUACAGUGAAGAGACAUUUAGGGAAAGAGACACACUGAGUAGGCAUUAAAGGAAACUAUAAUGCCAGUAAAACAAACUUGUUAUCCUGGCACUAUAGCUUCCCCCUCUGUCAUGCGCACCCCCCUCAUGGUGCAGAAGGGGUUAAAACCCCUUCUGUCACUUACCUGGGUCCAGCACCAAUGUCUUUCAUGCUGGCUUGGGUCCGCCUACGCUCCUUAAUGGCCGCGCUCGCAGUAGUAUUUCCAUGACACUAGGUUUUACGUGGUGCUGGACGUCUCCAUGCAAAGCCACUAGAGGAGUUCACAUUAACCCAGAGUGGUAAUUAUUUCAGUUUCUUAAAAAUUACAAUAAUUACCUUUGCAGUGUCACUUACACAAUCUCACUAAUACACACACUCUCUCACUGGCAUACACACUUACCCAUUCUAACUAACUUACACACUCUAACACACAUUCUCACUGACCUACACAUUGUCACUUGCACACUCUCACUGACAUACACAGUGUCACUUACACACUCUCACUAACACACACACAUACACACUCUCUCACUGACAUACAGUGUCACCUACACACUCUCACCAACAUACACAUUGUCAGUUACACACUCUUACUAACACCACACACAGUGUCACUUGCACACUCUCACACACACACACACAGUGUCACUUGCACACUCACACACACACACACACACAGUGUCACUUGCACAUACUAACAUAGUGUAACUUGCACACUCUCCCUAACACACACACACAGAGUCACUUGCGCACUCUCAUUAACACAUACACACUGUCAGUCAAACACAAACUCACACAACUCUACAUAUAGUCACACUUUAUUUACAAACACAAACACAGUAAAUUAACACACACACACACACACACCAAUUUACAAACAUUCAUAGUAUAAGCAAUCCCCCAUGCCAUACCUGGGUCUGUGAAGAGAAAAGGUCCAGGCAGCAGGAUCUCUUGGGGGAGCAGGAGGGCAGUGCACUGUGAGCACAGGCUGCUUCCUGUUCCCCUCAGAGUGCUUCCUGUAUUCACAGGCAGGGGGCAUCCAGGACAUAGACAUAGAAUACAUAGACGCGGCACGUCUAUGGCAUUGCGUGCUGAGCGGCAAGAAAUCGGGCGCCAUCUUGGACCGGGCGCCGCUCUACUCAAGCUAUUGAAGAACACUUGGAAAGUCCAUCUCACAAAAGGUAAGUAAAGGACUUGGGGCACUUAUAGUCCUCAAUACCCCUAAACACACACAGUGUUAAUACCCCUAUCCCAGCACAUAGUGUUAAUACCCCUACCCCAGCACAUAGUGUUAAUACCCCUAUCCCAGCACAUAGUGUUAAUACCCCUAUCCCAGCACACAUAGUGUUAAUACCCCUAUCCCAGCACACAUAGUGUUAAUACCCCUACCCCAGCACAUAAUGUUAAUACCCCUACCCCAGCAAAUAGUGUUAAUACCCCUAUCCCAGCACACAUAGUGUUAAUACCCCUACCCCAGCACAUAGUGUUAAUACCCCUACCCCAGCACAUAAUGUUAAUACCCCUACCCCAGCACAUAGUGUUAAUACCCCUAUCCCAGCACACAUAGUGUUAAUACCCCUCCCCCAGCACAUAGUGUUAAUACCCCUACCCCAGCACAUAAUGUUAAUACCCCUACCCCAGCACAUAGUGUUAAUACCCCUAUCUCAGCACACACAGUGUUAAUACCCCUACCCCAGCACAUAGUGUUAAUACCCCUAUCUCAGCACACACAGUGUUAAUACCCCUACCCCAGCACAUAGUGUUAAUACCCCUAUCUCAGCACACACAGUGUUAAUACCCCUAUCCCAGCACACAUAGUGUUAAUACCCCUACCCCAGCACAUAGUGUUAAUAUAAACCAACUCUCUAAUUUGCCAUAUGUCUAGAUUCCCUCAUAGAUAGGGGGUCCUUUGAUAUGUUAAUGGCCAUUAGCCUUGUGUUCCAGUAUCAUAUUCAAAAGGAACACUAAUACCCACAGAUCAAUAAUCAAGCCUCAUUCCUAUCAUAUUUAGAAUGGGAUAAGCACAAUCUUCUAAUCAAGCCUAAACAUGAUUUGCGAACAAAGGGGACCACACAAACAAUACAUUGUUAAAUAGCCCUGAUCUGAGCGCCCAAGUUCUCCAAAUAGAGCUCAGAUCCAGGAGGGAAUAAACUUUAAUUUUGUUUGAAUAAUAAUAUAUAUUUUUAUAGUAAUAAAAAAAAUACUGUAUUUUUCAGUAUAUAAGACGCCCCCAUGUAUUAGACGACUCCUAUUUCUUGAGAUGAAAAGUAGGGGGAAAAAUUUUUUUAGACAUCAAAUAGAACAACUUUGAUAUUUUAGAGAUGACAUCUGAUUCUUAUGUCUCCCCUGUGCUACGGUACUCUAUGAAGUUAAUGGCUCUAUAGUGCAUUCUGGGAGACCUACAGCUCUCACAAUACAGCAGGUGAUGCUGGGACAUCACAGCGGUAUUCCCUCUACUCCCUGAUCCCUCUUUCCUCCCCAUCAAUAUAAAUCAGAAAGCAAGACCUACCUGAGGUGGAGCAUACCUUAAUAUGGCUGCUCUUUUCAUGGUGUGGCAUUUCUCUGAAGUUCCAUUGGUGGUAAUUGCUGACGUCUGCUGCAGCUCCUAUGCAUAUAGGCACCUUUUCCUCCCUGCCACAGCAUUCAGAAGUAGAUCGGAGGGAGACUAGGUAUGUGUGUGGGCCGUGGCACACUGAAACGCAACAUGCACCAUUUUGACUUAGGCGCACAGGUGGUUUGUGUUUUUUUUUUUAGCCCCUGCAGUGACAUUCCGUGCAUAAGACGACCAACAACCUUAGACAAAAAAUUUUUUAGAAAAAAACAUAGUCUUAUACACAAAAAAAAAUAUGUUAAAUGCUCCCACAAAUUGGUGUCACCGCACCAUUCCUAGUGACACCACUACACACCAUACCGGCCAAAGUACAUAAACCACUAUUAACAAAAAAAAAGUACAACAAAGAAUGGAAGAGCACCAGGAUCUCCAUGCAAGUAAUAAAUCCUAAAUAUAAAAGAAUGAUCCAGCACUAUCCAAAAACAGUGUAGUAGUGUUGUUUUACUUACUGCAUAGACGGAAACACACAAACACCAACAUUCUACCAAACAUAAGCACAGUAUUGUGUACACGGUGGAGCACCUUAUUACAUUCUCAAAUUAUGAUAAAUGUGUGAUAAAAUAAAAGAGAAAAAUUACCAAAUUUGUUGCAGUAUGUUUGGUGUGAUGGGCAAGAGAAAAAAAGAAAUGCACUUAUAGUAUAUAGAGCUAGAAUUUGCUCUUCUUUAUGCACCUAGGUAGUACAAUCCCCACGCUUGGAUAUCUUAAUGUAUAUUUUAUCCAAUGGAAAGUGCUGCAGAGAGUAUACGAAAUAAACCGAAGGCAAAAUCCAAUCUGGUGUAGUAUCUUGAGUUAUUGAUGUGGAGUGAAAAUAUGUGUGAAAAUACACUUACAGAUUUUGGCACCUCCAAUUGGCUUACAGAAAGCAACAUAAAGUGCUAUAAUCUCCACUUAAGGAUCUACUUUGUUGGCAUGAAAUCACAUAGUGAAUUAUGCAGGAUUGUAAAUGAACUCUGCUUAUUCUGCUCUUUCAAGCACAUGCUGUCAUUGUUGAUAGUUUAAAGGGACACUAUAGUCACAGAACACCUACAGCUUAUUGUAUUUGUUCUGGUGACUGCAAUCAUUCCCUUCAGGCUUUUCGCAGUAAACCCUGUCUUUUCAAAGAAAAUGCAGUGUUUAUAUUACAGCCUAUGGAUACCUCCACUGGCCACUCCCCAGGUGGCUGCCAGAGGUGCUUCCUGGGGCAGUGCUGCAUGGAGACACUGAACUUUCCUCGUAGAGAUGCACUGAUUCAAUGCAUCUAUAUGAGGAGAUGCUGAUUGGCAAGGGCUGUGUUUGGCUUGUGCUGGCUCUGCCCCUGAUCUACCUACAGUCUCAGCCAAUCCAAUACUUUCCUAUUAGAGAGCUUUGUGGACACAACUUCUGAUGAUGUCAACCAAGCAGGCAGAUCAGGGGCAGAGUCAGCAGCAGCAGACUGGAGUAAUGGUAAGAUUGUACUAUAUUUAGGGAGGGCCAGAUGGUGUUUUUAACACUAAGGGGUCAGGAAUACAUGUUUGUGUUCCUGAACCUAUAGUGUUCCUUUAAUGACGAUUUAUUAUAAUGAUUUAGAAACACAGUACUAAGGUAGAAUGUUAAUGAUUGUUUUAUUGUAUAUUGUCUAUAAUGUGAUGUGAUUUCAUUUUUGGUGCUCAAAUAAAAAAUAUUUUUGUUUUUUAAUUAAAGGAUAGAGCUACCUUUCGGAGGAUUAUUGUAAAAAAUAAUGCCAGAAAGAGAAGAAUGUAUGAAAAUUUUAUAGAAUCCCUGCCAUUUCUAAAAUCUUUAGAAGUAAGUAUUACUUUCACUGCAUUCACAGAAUGUUACUUUUUUUUUUUGUAUGUGAAAGAGUAAAGCACAAUUUUCACUUUUAUUCCUUAGUUAUCAGAACGCUUGAAAGUGGUGGAUGUAAUAGGCACCAAAAUGUAUCGUGAUGGAGAACAAAUCAUUGCUCAGGUACAGAAUGUUUGUCUGUCUUUGUUGUUAUUGACCAGGCAUAUUGCUUACUAGAUAUUACUCAUUCUACACUGAUUGCAAAGGAUAAGAGUAAACCAUUCAAGUAAUCGAUCUGAAUAGUAUAUGAUGUAUUAAAACAGGAUGAAUUGUUUUUGACAGUACAUGGGGGUAUUAGAACAAAUAGAUUAAAAGAGCCAAAAUACUCAAAUGAUGGGCACACAUUAUUAAAAAAGAACUUUAUUAAAUACAGGUUUUGUAUAUAACCCCAUUUCCAGACUAUGGCCUUGAUUUACUAUUGUUGGAUAAGCUAUAUUUACUAUUCUUGGAUAAGUGAUUGAUAUUUUUAGAUGAACUUUUAAAAUAUUUUUUUCAAAAUACAAAAAUAUCGAAAAAGAAUUCAUAUAUUAAUAUAUAAAAACGUUAAAAUAGUAAAACAUUUUUAAAAAUAUUAAAUAAUUUAAAAAGUUUAGAUAAAAAUAUUAAACCAUUUGAAAAAUGUAUCCAACAAUCUUAAAUCAGGCCCUAUGUUUGCCAGACAAAUCCUCAGUUCCUUUCAAGCUAGUUGCAGUAAAUUAGAGCUUUCGACAGACAACAGUGUGCAGUAAAUUAGGAAUGUUUUAUAAUACUAUUUGAAAUAGAACAAUCAAUUAGCUUCAGAUAUAGGGAUUCUGUUUUGUGUCAAGUUAUAUACACUUUCCGCAUCUAUGUAUCAUGUGUGGUACCUUCGUAUUUAAACCCUUUUGUGAAAGUGAUUAGUGUUAUAAAUAUAUAUUUAUUUUUUUUCAGGGAGAUGGUGCUGAGAGUUUUUUCAUUGUAGAAACUGGAGAAGUCAGAAUAGCGAUGAAAAGUAAGGUAAAAUAAUGAAUUUACAAUUCAUUUACUAUCCCUUUUCAGUGCUGUUUAUUUACUUUUGUUUAUAUAUUGUGAAUAAAAUUUUUCAUUAGUAGUAUGAUUGGCAUAUAAUUCUGUAUCUUUAUUGUUAAUACUGUAAAGAAACUCUUCCUUUGUUGUAGGUAAAAUUGCCUGUCUUCCAAUCUCAAUGGAAGGUCUUUGUUUCUUCAUAUUUGUUUCCUAACUUUAUAUAUUAAGAAAACCAAGAAAAGGUCAGGCCAGACAGUUUAACAUAGUGUAGAACAGGCUGGGACAGCUGCAGGGAUGAAGAUGGACAACAGAAGGUUACUAAACAUACAAUUUCAAAAUUUCAUCUUUAUAUACUUUGUGGUGAAACUAGAAAAUUAUAAUGUCCAAACCCAGAGUGGGAGCCUCUUAUGGAGACAUCACACAAAAUCACAUACGUUAUUUAUUUUUUUCAUGCUUUUGCCUUUUGCUUUGUUUUUAUGGAUACUUAAAUAAAUAUUUCAGUGCUAUAAGAAUAUGGCCUGGGCACUGAGCUUUCUGAAGCUUUCUGAAGCUUUUUAUUCUCUGUGGAGUUGGUAACUAGCCGAUUGAUACCACCAUGGACACGAGUGUCACCAACAACAUAGGAGGAUCUAGGAAUGUGGAAUGUCAGGUAAGUGGGUCAAGAAUGCCACUGCACAUGGAGUAGUCUUACACAAACAGACAUAGACAAUCUAUAUAUUUGUUCAUUUGGCUGACACUUUUCUCUAAGGAAAAAAAGAAUGUUUGAAAAUGUUGAAUCUCAGUCACCGAGUAUUGUGAGGGUGGAAGGAGUGGAAAAUAGCAAUGCAAUUGGAGUGUAGAUGAUGAGGAGAUGCACAAGUGAUGAGGGGAGAGAGAGGCACAACCAAGAGAAACUGGGAAAGCGGUACAAGUUUGGGGGGUGGAGUGACAAAUAAGUGGGACAAGAUGUUUAGAGAGACGCAAGUUGGGAGUGUGGGAAAGGUGCACAAGUGGGGGGGGCAGGGCAGGAUGAGGGUGAGAUAGCACAAUUGGAUGGAUUGAAUGAUGAGUGGAUGGACAGAGGAGAGAGAACACAAGUGAGGGAUUUCGUAGGCCAACAUGUCCUUGAAAAUAGAAAUGAAAUAGGCAGAUACUGUUGGAUCAUCGUGGGAUGAAAGUGUAUGGAAUAACAACAUGAGCCAAAGCAAAAAUCUGCUCCAAAGGCCAAAUCCUAUAUGUACACAUCUGCAUGUUUUUCUGACUUAUUUGACCUACCGUCUUUUACUAGCAUCACAAACACAUUGCAUAUUAAAACUAUACAUUAAUAUCCACUGUGAGGAGUGAGGGUGGCCAAGCUCAACCUGUAUUUUCAGCUUGGCCCCUUAAUUCCUUGCGAACAGCAUUUAUCAUAGCACAGCAUAAACCAGCAGGUGGAGUGUUGGAAUUAGCAGGCAGUUGGUACACAACUUGAAUGCACAUGGCUGAUUGUGUCCAUUGUGCUAUAGUACAUUUCAAUUAUUCAGGUAGUAGGUUUCAAUAUAAUCAUAAUGCAGAUGUUACAUCCAUGGAAACACACAGGUGACAUGAGCAAAUUAUUACCAAUAAUGACCCAGCAUCACGGAUUUUGUGAGCCCUUGCUAUUAAGCACAGCUAAAAGAACACUGUGAGCACCAUAAACACUACAGUGCUGUCUACAGUGCCUUGAGUGUCCUGCCGAUCCUCCCAAUGUAAGUAGUCAAACCGUCUGAGUUUUUAAACAAGGGUCAGCGAAGAGCAUUUCCCCAUUUCCACUACAUCUGAAAGAAGGCUGGAAGCUCGCUGUCUGAACUAAGCCUGGCAGGACUUACAUAGCUGGAUACUACUAAUUAGGAGUUAGUUUUAUUGAUCUUUCAAGUGUAGUGGGAGUGGGGAGUGAUGCCUGGCAGACCCUAGGUGAGAAGUCAGUCUGUUCUAAAACGUUUUAACUACUUACUAUGGGGGGUCAACAUGGCACUCCAGGCACCAUUAAAGGAGCACUAUAGUUCCAGGUAAACAAACUUGUUUUUCUGGCACUAUAGGGUCAUUAGGUCCCCCCCACCCUCAAGGGCCUCCUCCUGCUGGGCUGAAGGGGUUAAAACCCCUUCAGCCACUUACGUUACCCCCAGAGUUACCUCCUUCUGUCGACGUCAGAUCUGAAUGCGCAUGCGUGGUAAGAGCAGCGCAUGCAUUCAGACUGCCCAUAUGAAAGCAUUACUCAAUGCUUUCCUAUGGACGUCCAGCAUCUGCACACUGUGAUUUUCACAGUGAGAAUUGCGGAAGCGCCUCUAGCAGCUGUCAGUGAGACAGCCACUAGAGGCUGGAUUAAUCCUUAGUGAAACAUAGCAGUUUCUCUGGAACUGCUAUGUUUUCAGCUGCAGGGUUAAAACUAUGGGGACCUGGCACCCAGACCACUUCAUUGAGCUGAAGUGGUCUGGGUGCCUAUAGUGGUCCUUUAACACUGCAGCAUGCUGGUUUGGUUAUGGUGCUUAAAGUGUUCCUUAAAGAAGAUAUCUAACAUGUUAACACAAAAAAUACAGAAGUGGAAAAUACUGUAAAUAGAUUUUUCAUAAUUCUGUCAUUUGGGUAAUGUACCAAAAUUUGCUACACAUUGCAGAAAUAAUAAUAAAACUACAAGUUUAUGUCUUCAAGUUAUAAGAAUAAACAUUCAUUAUUGAGAAGAGGAUUUUAUUCACAGUAUAUUUUAGCUGUUUUUCUUUAUAGUGUUAAUUUAGUAUGUGCCCCUAUGGAAGCCUUUAAAAUUCCUGUUUCCUUAAUUUUCUGAAUUUAGCAAUGCAUGUUCUAUUAUCAUAAAGUGUGCUUUAAUGGAGUGUUAUUAUCAGGUUACUUAUACAGCUGACAGCUCCUGCAAUUGUGUUACUAAAGUUACUAAAAUGACAAGAAUGAAAUGGCAGGCAGUAGGAUCAUCACAUGAUAUAGCAGAAUUUCAAAUCGUAUACUCUUGCUUUAUUUAAAAUUUCAAAUUCAAUGCAGCCCACUCAUGCAUUAAGUUUAUUAUUUUGUUGUUAUUUCUUAAUAUUGUCCAACAGAGCAAGCAAGAUGCCGAAGUGAAUGAAGCUGUGGAGAUUGCGCGCUGCUCCAGAGGACAGUAUUUCGGAGAACUUGCCCUGGUGACCAACAAACCCAGAGCAGCUUCAGCUUAUGCAGUUGGAAACGUCAAAUGCUUAGGUACUAAGUGUUAUUUUUGCUUUUGUGUUGUUGGUUGGUUUGUUUUUUUGAGAAUGUAAAGCAAAAUGUAUUGAAGAUGGGCAGUCAGACAGCACCAAGGUAAAUGUGAUUUUUCAGAUACCCAAAUAAAUACAUCUUUCGUUACACAUAGGGUAUUUAGAUCAGCUAACUGUUAUUACUUUUCAGUUUUCUUUUGUUGCAAAAGUAUGUAAAUGUCUUUGUGUGCCCACACAAACAUGGAAGAUUCCGUAAAAUAAAUUACCUUAUCCUGAGUCCAUUAGUAUUAAAAUGUUGAUAUAGUAUAAUGUAAUUAUGAAUAGCUUCUGCAUAUAUAUUGUUAGAAAUAAACAAGGUAUAGAAGCAAUUGAGAGAAGGGAGAAAGGGGAAAGUAGCCUCCUUACUGCAUGCAAGAAACAUAGAAACAUAGAAACAUAGAAUGUGACGGCAGAUAAGAACCAUUCGGCCCAUCUAGUCUGCCCAAUUUUCUAAAAACUUUCAUUAGUCCCUAGCAAGCUUUAAAGGUUGCUUGGUGCUUGUUUUUAUGAACACCACUACUCCGAUUAGUGAAUUACAUGUGACUUACUUCAUUGGGUGAAAGGGUUAAAAACCACUAUACGUCUCUACUAGACUCAAAAUAAUGAUAAAAAAACCUAGUAACACCAUUCACACUUCUUUCUAGUAUCAAAAGCUUCAACUUUCAGUCGGCCGCUACCUCGCUCUGGAUCUGUUCCAGUUUAUAUUUGGGCUUUUCCCCCUCCCCUCUGGGCUGGUGGGUUAUCCCAGUCUCCACUGGAGUGCAUACUUUUCUCCCAAAAGAGACUAUAGCGGUCCAGCUAUGCAUGUCGCACAGGGCCUUACUUUUAAGAUGGCAGCCGCAAACCUUUUUCCUAUGGUGCCAUACUCUCCAGUGGUUCCGCUAAUAUAGGCUUUCGUCCAGCUUUGCCAGCAAUUUUGGGUAGCACUGAUAGCAAGCCAACAACUACAAAAUAAUUCCACAACACAUUACAGGUCUGUUACCUCAUACUUGGGCCAGGAGCCCAUUAGGAAUUACUCGCUCUGCACAGCUCACACCCUCGGAGGGUUUUUGAUCAAUGACAUCAAGCACAUAUUAAGAUAAAUUGAUUUUGGCACAGAUGGCAGCUGGCUCAGUGGGCAUUAUAUGCAGGCUUUCGUGACAGACUCAGGGCUUGUGGAAUAGGCAUUUUAUAGGUAUGUGUUUCCAUCUGUGAGCAAUUAUCCAAGCACUGGAAUUGGCUAAAUUAUUCAGUGGACCAAGUGCCUAGUGCAACUUUCUUUAUUGUUGCACUAUUAAUAUAUAACCGCUUAUUAUCAUUUACAGAAAUACAUGAGUAAACAUCCUAUACAUUACUGCUUCACACUCUGACUGACUUAAGAUGGCCGCCAUGCUCUCGCCAUGAAAAAACCCACAAAAAAACCCAUUAAUAAACCAUAGAAAUACAGUUCAUCCACAGGCACUGGAACAAUGUCACCAAAGCAGAAGAUUAGUCUUCAGGAGAAGGUUGUGGUGACAAAUCAGCAUCAACAUUUUUUGGGUCCUAUGCGAGGACCGUCUGAAGUCUUGUAUUUGUUCUUGAAGUUGUAAGCGGUCAGGAGGGUGAUGGUGGCAUUGGGGAUGGCCACCACCAGGCAGUGUGUUGAAGGUGUUAGGACCAAAAUAAAGCCUUCUUAGAUUAGGUAAAAUGGGACUGGGUGCAUGGGGAACCUCUGACCCAGAGUCACAGGCCACCACAGGGGUUAGGUCCAAGUUUUCAGAGUUAAACCAAACUACAUUCCAGAUGUCUUCUGUUACUCUGGAUUUGGACUCUGGAAGCUUUGGAAUCAGGGAUGUCAUCAAGGAUGCAGGUAACUGGGAACGGGACCGAAGUUGGUCCACAUGUCUGGUAAUGGAUCCAUCUUCCACACGGGCUCUGUACAUCUUGAGUCACAAAGACUCCACAUUUGUGGCAGGAAGCCACUGAGUUUUGAUGCAUAAGAUCGAAUCCAGACCUCUUGGUGGAUUACAAAAAUGGGAGACUCUUUGGAAGUGACCAUCUUCUCUUGGGAAUGCAAUACAUGUUCAUGGACAGUCUUAGGGCAAAGCAUGUCUAAAGCAGUCCAUGGCCGUCUUCCUAGAAAAAUCUCAACUAAUGUUGUAGCAUGUGGUGUUGUUCUAUAAGCAAAAAGAAGAGUCCAACUCCUGAGGCAAUAUGGACCUCUGGCUUGUUAAAACCACUGUGGUCUUGAAGUAGUUCUUGAAUGUCUGUACACACCGCUCUUCUUGACCAUUGGUCGCUGGGUGGUAAGGUGCGGUUAACUUAUGCUUGAUUUUAUGAACAGUAAUAAAACUCUGGAACUCAUGGCUCGUGAAUUGGGCACCAUUAUCUGUGACAAUGUCCCUGGGGUACCCAGUUGUGGUAAAGAGGUGCAAUGAUAUGGCAAUUGUUGUUUAUGCAGUGGACUGGGUAAUUGGAAUGACCUCAGGCCAUUUCGAGUUGGCAUUAAUUCUAAUUAAGAAGGUUUGCCCUCUUGUGGGACCUAAAAAAUACAAGGUGAAAUCAGGGAACCGUGGGCCAAGUUCAGGGUUGAAUACCUUCUGGCAAAGGGUCUCUGGCCGUUUGUGCACAUCCUACACAAGCAUUGACAUAUGUUGUGAUAUCAGCAUCUAGGUUUGGCCACCACACAUAGCCUUGUGCAUUCUGUUUCAUCCGUGUGGUACCAGGAUGACUAGUAUGUAGCAAGUCCAAGAUAUGUCUCUGGAGUGUUUUUGGAAUGACCACUCUGUGUCCUCAUAAGAACCCCUUUCAAUCAACAAAUCCCCCCAGCAAGAACAUGACAUUGUUAGGCACCUUAUGUGAAUUUAAGGGAGAUCAUUUGCUGAAAGAUUAGAACAGUACUUCAGUGCAAAUACCAUACCUCCUGAAAGGCUGUGUUCCUGACAUCUGUGGGUGCUAAUACAUAUGACACUAUAAAAGACCUACUGUUUUCUGAGAAACAGGCAAGCAAGAUGCCACAUACAUCUGGGAUACUGAAGAACUAAACUCGUAAUUCGCAGAAGGGGUGAAAGAGGAAGUUUUCAGAACAGCAGUUACUCCCUUUACAACCAAAUGGAAAUACAGACCCUCAUCGCAAUCCAAGCUAGCUUGCUACCGGUGCGGUAAUACAGACCAUAAUUCCAAAACCUGUUGGUCUAAGGAUCACCUUUGUCAUCACUGCGAAAAAGUGGGCCACCUUACACGGGUCUGCCAUAGUAGCAAAGUACAAGAAAAACAACCACAGUAUACCAAGAAGAGAACUUACAUGGUAGAGAAACUUACCUCGUCCUUUGAGUCAGACAAUGAUAAAACAUUACACAAAUUAUCUAUACAUCGCCUGCACUCAUCAUAUCUUGCAAUGACAGUAGAAGUAAACAUUGAAGGAAAGACAUUGAAGAUGGAUGUUGAUACAGUAGCGGCGCAUUCAGUUAUCACCCAAAAACACUGAAGACAACUACAUAUCCAGGCAACUGUCUGCCCAACCCCAAUCAAGCUGCAGACAUGUUCCAUGCAAGCACUCCACCCACUUGGUUGUGCAAAGGUACAGGUAUCAUACAAGGGGCAAACAAAUAGACUACUAUUGGAUAUUCUGAAAAAUGGCAGAGCACCACUCUUUGGCAAAGAGUGGGUUGCUCAUCUGGAAAUGCCUGGCAUCAUUAAGAACUCUUGCAACACCCUUACAGUCCCAUCAGGACAGAAUGAUAGAUGGGUGUAAUCCUUGAAACAGCGUUUUCCUGAGAUUGACCAGUUGGGAAAAAUAAAAAAUGAUUGUGUGAGGCUCAAGCUGAAACCAGAUGUACAUUCUAAAUUCUUUAAGGCUCGGACAGUACCAUUUGCCCUUUGAGCAGGAGUAGAAGCGGAACUACUCUGGCUUGAAGAACAGGGUGUCAUUUCUAAGGUAGCGCACAGUGAAUGGGUAUCACCUAUUGUACCAGUAAAGAAAUUAAAUGGGGACUUUCUGUGGGGAUUUUCACAUGGUACUGAAUUCCUAACUGAAUAUAGACCAGUAUCCUGUAACCAGAGUAGAUGACAUAUUCUCCUCACUGUCCACACUGGGGGACAGUAGUUGACAAAGAUUGAUCUCCGACAAGCCUGCCUACAGCUUGAGGUCCACCUCCUUUUCUCAAAAAUACCUCACCAUUAACACUUACAAGUGUUUGUAUGAAUACAAUCAGAUGGUGUUUGGCAUAGCACCUGCACCAGCCAUCUGUCAGAGGAAGAUGGAUGCGAUUUUAGCAGACAUUCCUUUUUACAGUGUCGAUUAGAUUACAUGCUCAUUACUGGUCAUACGGAUCAAGAACACAAGCAGAACAUAGAGUUUUUCAAAGACUUCAGGACCAUGUCUCAAGGUGAACUUAACAAAAUGCAAAUUCAUUGUUGCCUAAAUUGGAGUUUUGCGGCCACCUAGUAGAUGCUGAGGGCAUACACACUACUGAAGCUAAGGUCGACGCUUUAGCUCAAAAGGCUUCAGCCCCAACAAAGGUCCAACAACUACGAUCGUACCUUGGCCUACUUUACUAUAAUACAUUUCUUCCGUGGUCAGCAGAAUUUCAACAAGGUUUUGAGGUCUCUAAACGGAAACUGUUGGCCUCACGUAUGUACAUGAUGUACAUGCCAAUGCGGAUGCAAUGUCCCGGCUAACAGAAAUGCUUCCAGGCUCUUUUCUACCCCACCACCACACACCUUUUGAAUUCCAGACAGAUGGCAGCCCAUACAAUGAAGGAUAUUUUUCUGAACACAGUGCUUUAAUUUACACAAAAUGGCUGGCUUGCAACUGUAACAAAGGAUUACGAACCUUAUUACCGAAAACGUAUGGAAUUGGCUGUGAAUAACAAUUGUGUCUUAUGGGGAGACCAAGUGAUCAUUCCAGAAACACUCCAGAGAAAUAUCUUAGACUUGCUACAUACUGGUCAUCUUGGCACCACACAGAUGAAACAGAAAGCACAAGGCUAUGUGUGGUGGCAUUAGGUGCAGACUUUUUUGGCAGCCUGGGGUUUGUAGAAUGGGCAUUUUACAGGUAAUGUGUUUCCGUCGGUGAGCAAUUAUCCAAGCACCGAAAUUGGCUGAAUUAUUUAGUGGACUGUGUGCUUAAUGUGAAUUAUUUACAUUUUUCUUUAGCAAAUUACUAAUUUUACUUUGAUUGUACAUGUUGGUAUGUUUUUCCUACCAGAUAGAUUAGUUUAUUGCCUAACAAAUGUAUGAUGGUCUAACUAUUCUCCACAUAGUGGUACUCUGUUUUCAAUGUUUAUGCACAUAGUUAAGAAUUGUUGUUAUGGUUUUACCAUGCUUAGCAACUUUGCCUAUGUUUUUUUCUCUUUUUGUGUUUUCUUAUAAUCCCUGCUAAAUUUGCAAUCAGUGCACAUGUUAUACUUUAUUUUAUUUUUUCAGUUACAAUCUACAAGCACUUUGUUCUUUUUGUUUUAUUUUAUUAUUUAAAAAAAAUGUGCAGCCUGUCAUAUAUAUUUUAUUUGAAAGAUAUCUCCCUUUUCACAGAUUAAUAUCCUACUAUUAAUUAUUAUGAAUCAUGAAAUAUAUAAUCUAACUUAAAAUAUGACCCAUGAUAAUUUCAGUACUUUCCUUUUGUUCUAGUGAUGGAUGUUCAAGCUUUUGAGAGGUUAUUGGGGCCAUGUAUGGAGAUUAUGAAAAGAAAUAUUGCAAACUACGAAGAACAGCUUGUUGCUUUAUUUGGAACAAACAUGGAUAUUACCGACUCUAAUGCAUGAGUAGUGAUAACAAGCAGAACCAACAUGAUGAAACGUAGCACAGUAGUGAUUGGUCCACUGGAAAUGUGUCUAUCUUUUGUGUAGAUACCAAGCAUACCUAUGAUUUUUGUUAGCCCUUUUAGUGUCAGAAGAGCUUGCAAUUCAUUACCGCUUUGCACUAACUCACAAAUCACACUGAAAUGGGUGGUACUUUUGUAAUUAUUACAUUUUGUUGUUUUUUUUCUACACACUACUACAAAAAUACCGGUACAGAACAUUGUGAUUUUAUAGAUAAACAUAAUUUGCAAUAUUUCCUAAACAUUCGGGUGUAGAAAGCCAGUAUUAAGAUAUAGAAGACCCAGCAUGUUUUUCACAUUGCUGUUACUCAGUUAAUAUAUCAUAUACGUAUUAACCUCAAGGAUGAUAUAGGUAAUGAUAUCCCAGCAAUACAAAUUCAUGCAGUUAGUUUAAUUAGCAUGAUUUUACAUAUAAAUUGCCAUUUUUAUCACCAACAAUACACAAAACGCAUGCCACCUCAUAGAUUUAUGUUGAUCGGCUUAUGUGUCAUUUACUCAUAAAACUAAAUGACAAUGCUUUGUUUACAGAAAUACUUUAUUUCAUAUACAAUAAAUAGACCAUACACAAUUGACUAUUUUAACCCCUUAAGGACCAAACUUCUGGAAUAAAAGGGAAUAAUGACAUGUCACACAUGUCAUGUGUCCUUAAGGGGUUAUGGUAAAAUUAGUAUUUAUAGUCAAAGCCAAAUAGUAAUUUGCCACCACAACACAUUAUUUCUUUACUGUUUAAUAUUUUAAGGAUUACAAAAACCUUCUUUAUUCACGCUGUGCUAAUUUGAUCAUAAACAGAACAUAUCUGAACUAAGUUUCCUAAUUUGCUUUAAACAACUUAAAAAUCAGUUUCAUUUCAUAAUUCGAAUAUAAAAAUGCACUUUUCUCAUCAGUGUUGAACUGUAGUUUUCUAAUGGAUGGGAUAAGGAGCUGCAUAUGUUAUUAUAAUAAUAAUCUGAUCUAAUGGUGGGAUAUGGUUCAAAAAAUGAUUUACAUUUAACAUUUUUUUUCCAAACCCUUUUCAUGUUUUCUCCACAACACAUCCUGCUUCUAACCAUACCUUAAAAAAUGUUAUAUUAUGUACCUGGGCAUACUCUUGUAUAAAUAAUAGAAUGUUGCAAGCAAAAACACCACAAUAAUUUACAUCACAGCUGUUUCUCUGUAGCCAGUGCUGAGAACAGGAACACUUUGAGGUGUAAAGUAACAGAACAAAGUAAUUAUUGAAUGUCCUUCAGUUUAUAGAGGGCUUGUAGGUGUACGGCUUAAGAGUCCCCUAGGAAGUAAGGAUUUAGACUGUCUUUAAAGUAACCUCUAACCUCUCUUAGCAAUCAAACUUGGGUUCCACCAUGGAUGCAAAAUGUGUAAAAGAGGUCUGUAUAGAAUGAUUUGAUUGAAGAAAAAAAAAUAAAAAAUGCAAACACUAAGGUAGAGAAGACCACAAAGUCUACAACAGACAAGUAAACAUACAAAAGAUACAGCAGAAGACAAAGGAGCAAUUUGUGUAUGUCCUUGCAGUAUAUACUUAAUAAAGGUAUACAUUAACCUCUUAAGGACACAUGACAUGUGUGACAUGUCAUGAUUCCCUUUUAUUCCAGAAGUUUGGUCCUUAAGGGGUUAAACCAAGAACACAAGUAAUUAGAAAAAGAAGCCUUGUCAAUGUUUUGUUUCUGAAGCAGAUUUUUACACUGCUUAUAUGAAUCACACAGAGAUGCUGUAAAAUUUAUGGAAACAGCAGUGCUAGGACUGUGCUCAAGAUAAAUUAUGGGCUAUGUAUAAAUCGUGUUAAAAUUGCUUUAACCUUUGUGCCAGUUUUGUGCUCAUGCACCAUUUUUUUAACAUAUAAAAAAAGUUACCCACCUUUUUAUAAAUUCAUGUGUUUUUUUCCUACCUUUCCCACCAAAAUGAAUAUUUUGCAGAAAAUAAGGGAAUACAUUGGGGGAAAUAGGAGAGGCGAACAGAGAAAGUUAAAAAAAAAAAAGGGGGGGGGGCGACUCAAAACUUUCUAUACAUAAAUCCCAGUGUAUCUAGAACAGCAUAUAAGCCAUAUUAAAUUGUGUAUGUUAUCUAGAGAAAAGGGUGAUACAUACAGUACUAGUAGAAAAUGAGGGUGUUAUGGGGUUACAGCUGACAGUUUAAGGAAGCAUUGUAGAGAGUAGAUGGUUUUGGAAGAAAGGUAUGUCUAAUAUAGAAAUUAAUAUAUAUUUAAAAGAUAUGAGAUUGUGAAGAAUAGCAUUAUAAAAUUAAAACAGAGGAACCCGACCUGAUCUUUGGAAAGUUUAAACAGCCCCUAAUAUAUAUGGAGAUAAUUUUGUGACUUAACAUGUAUUAUUGCAUAUUGUUCAGGUUACACUAAAACAGUAUUAUGGUAUGCCUAGUGUUUACACAUUCCCUGAGAAACCUUAUUCUGUUCCUCUUAGGAUGAAACAUAUUGUUGUACAGAUUUGAUCAAAUUGUGCUCCUUUUGACUUUACACAGUAUCAUGUAAAACUACACUAUAUUGGUGAAACAAUGAUAAAAAAUCAGCUGUUGUAUGAUUGUAUUUAAAUAGUCUACAGCUGUUUCCUCCAUUCUGCAACAUCCUUCAAAACACAGCCUUCUUGUCUGACAAUAAUACUAUUGUGGCCACAGACUGCUCUGAUGACUUUGUUUUAGGAAACAGCUCAUUCUCAUUAUAGUUUCUUAAACUUUGUAGAAACAUGGCAGAAAGGAGCUUGUAGUUCAUCUCUUAUCCCCAACUACCAAUAAUUCAGUAAAAUUGUAAUUGCCUACCACACUGCAGGAGUCAGAAAUAUCGCAGCACCAUUAAAAUGCCUCAUUUCUAUUUUCUUAUACCUGGUGGCCAUAGGUUAGGGUUGCCACCUUUUUUUGAAAAAAAUACCUGCCAUGCUAAUUUGCAUAAUGAAUUAUAUAUGCAUGACAUCACAGCACACAACGUACAUAAAAGAACAAGAACAUUUAGAAGCAGAAAAUUCCCUAAAUCACUAAUAAAAUACUUACAAUGUUUGUACUUUGUCUGACUGUGUGUAUGUGAGACAGUGUGUAUAUAUUGACUGGAUGAGUGUAUGUGUAUGUAUAGCAGUGUCAUUGUCUAAAUGUGCAUAUAUAAACUAGGGAUUGACCGAUAUUGAUUUUUUUUAGAGCCGAUACGAUAAUCUGUGAACUUUCAGGCUGAUAGCCGAUAACUUACCGAUAUUCUGUACAUUUACCAUUUUGAAAAAAAUAAACUAUUUCUAAAGGUAAAUGCACAAAAUAUACAUGCCACAUGUAGUGUGUGCAGUGUUUUUAGACAGGGGAGCUGUGUGUGUUUGUGUAGUGGAUGCAGUGUGUAUUUGUGUAGUGUGUGUAUAUAAUGAAUGCAGAGUGUGUUUGUGUAGUGUGUAUAGUGAAUGCAGUGAGUGUCUGUGUAGUGUGUAUAUAUAGUGAAUGCAGAGUGUGUGUUUGUGUAGUGUGUGUAUAGUGAAUACAGUAUGUUUAGUGUGCUAAAGUCAAUGCAGUGUAUACAGUGUGUGUUUGUGUAGUAUGUGUAUAUAAUGAAUGCAGAGUGUGUGUUUGUGUAGUGUAUGUAUAGUGAAUACAUUGUGUGUGUUUCUGUAGGUAUGUAAUUUGUGUAAAAUGGGGAGAGGGGGGGGAAUGGGAGGCAUUUUUAAUUAAAAACAAAAAAAUUGUCCCCCAUCUCUGCUUGUUACUUGGCCAGGGACGAGGGAUAUAGCAUUCCCUGGUGGUCCAGUGGCAUGGACUGUGCAGUGGGUCCGCAGCAAGCGCUUACUUACCUUCCCAGUGUAAAUCUCAUGGCCAGCGUGCCGCUCGGAGCGUUGCCAUGGUAACCCAUGUCAAUGCUCUGACGGCUGCGGGACUCGCAAGACUUACACAGGGUUGCUGAAGGGAGCUGCUGGGAAGGUAAGUAAGUUGCUGGGCCCCCCAGCACCGCAGGGCUUGUCAUGGGCCGUCAGUCCUGGUAUGUAUUAUUACAAGUUUCUAGAAGCAUUCUUUUCAGUGGUUUGUGUGGUCAUCCUCAAGCUGGGUACAGUCAGUUUAUAUUAUUUCUUCUCCUAAGCUGGGUUUGAUUCUAACUUUAUCUCUAUUUGAAGACUGUAAUGUAAUUCAUAAAUCAUGGACUGCUGGUUAUGCAUAUAUGUUCGCAAUAUACAGUGGCUGAAGCACACUCUAAGACUACAAAAGCAUAUAGAUGGAAAUAAAAUCUGUUAGCUGCUUAUUGUUGUCAUAAAAUGUAUUAGCUUGCCAACUCUUUGCAUUUAGACUAUAUUACAUAUAUACUUGUAUUGCAUCCAGUAUACACAAAAAAAGGACAAAAGAGAAACUCUUCUAAGCAAGUGUUAAUUAUUUUAGUGCUUUUGAAAUGACCAAAUAUUGUAUACAUUACUAGAGGAGGUAUCAGCUCAUGUAUGGAAACCAAUUCAUACAUGUGCAAGUGAUAUACUAAAACACAUUGUAUGUGGUUAUUUAGGCGCACACACAGCUACUAAAACUAGGGAACAGUACUCUCUAAAGUCCAUUCACUAAACUAGGCAUUUUGGCAAAGUGACAAGCAAACGGCAAAACAAAAUCAUGAAUGGGCAGAAAAGAAAUGCAUUGUGAGGUUAAACCCGCAACCCUUACAUCACAAUCCCUAUUCUCUACCUCUGUUAGUAAGUAUGACAUUGUAAGACUUAUACAGAGGACUUUCUGUCUCAGAUGUCUUACUGUAGACUAAAUAGGUCACUUCAAACAUCACCUCCAAGAGCAGACUGAGCAUGUGUGAGGUGUACUCAGCCUGGACAUUUUUUUACACAUAACCUAAGUUCUACACGUGCCCUUCUGUUCCAAAGGUUUAUCCAGACAUUCAUCAUUUGUUAUCAGUGAGUCAGUCUGUGCUGUGGUGGAAGAAGGGCAGGGGAAAUUAUAGUACUAUAAGGGGUAUACUUUCCAUUUAUAAUGAAAAUCAAUGUCAGGAGUUUACUCUUUUACAAUUGUCAAAAUAUAUAUUUUUAAUUUUUGUUAUGACAACAUUUAUCUAGAGGGGCUGUGCCCUAGGUGCCCCAUUGCUCUCACAUGUUUUUUUUAAUUGUAUUUUAAGAUGACUUUGUUAUUUUACUGUCCUGUGACUGGCUUGAAUUUGAUGUGCAUGUUCCACAUUAACUACAUCGCCAAUGAGAGUUUGUUCCUUCAUCUUCAGUUGAUCUAAGUGGCUGCAUUUUAGCUCACAUGCUUGGGUAAAAUUAUUAGCCAUGAUCACAACACAGUCUUUACCAUGCAUUUGUGUGAUUAUUGUCUGCUAAUGAACUGUAUGUAUAAUCAUUAGCUUGCAUACUAGAACAAAAACGGGUUACUGGCAGUUUUCGCGGGAUGCAUUAAAUCUAGUGUACCCUUGUUCAUUUGUGUUUUAAUUCCUUCUGUGCAGGUUGGCAUAUUGUUAUGGGAAGUAUUUUUAAUCCACUCACAUAUUCACUAAGUAGUGAUUUGUUAAUGAAGGUGUGUUCAUUUGUGUGACAUAUUUUUCCACCAUGUGUGAAGUAUUAAUGAAUCACCCACUGUGUAAAUGAUUCCUGAUCCACACUGUAUGUUAGUAAAUAGUACCUUUGUAACCUUUGUUUCAGAAUCUAAAUUAUAUCACUAAUGUACCAAAUUCUAAAUUGUAUAUUACUCAACCACCCUUUCGUACUAUUUCAAAUAAUUAAAAGUAAUUCAAAGACCUACCAAGGUAAGGGCUGUAAAAUGCAGUACAUAUUCAAACAUGUUUCUGGGUCAAUUCUAAAGUCAAACACGAAGACAAGUGAGCAGAAAUUGGCCCUAAAGACAAUUCUCUGUUAAGUCCAUUAGGCCUAUAGUUUUUGGAACAAGUACAGCAGUAUUGGAAUCUAGUAGGCAGCAAAUCCUUCAUAUUGAAUAUUUAUGAAUGUUCAUGGAUAAUAAUAGGUGACAUUUUCUAGAUAUAUAGAUGUUGCCAUAUUAAUUACUCAUACUAUCUUGCUUUUUUUGUAUAGCUUAAUUGCCCUUGAUAUUACGUUACACAUGACUGCAUCCCAAGAGUUCACAGCUGGAAUGGUAGUACAACAUGAGUAGAUGGACAAUUCGAACCCACAAAUUUCACCCAUCAAUAUUUUGUUCUAUAUUCUCAUUGCUGUCUUGUUUAAUACAUUCUCCAUAUUGUCAAAAUAAAAUGAAAAAUAACAUAAAAUAAUAGAUUUGUAUUAUGGAGAAAGUCACAAAAUCUUCACUGUUUGCUUUGAUUGUACAUAAUAACCUUUGCUGGAAGAAAGGAAUGUAAUGAAACUUUCCAUUCAUGUAAAUGCUUAUACCACACAUCAUUAUAGACUGACACUAGCUAUAUGUCAAUCUCCUUUUAACAGUGGAAUUAAAAAAACAUAUCGGUAAUUUUGAAUAAUUAAGGCAUUUAGUGCCAGUCAAGACAUUUUCAGUACUGGUUAUCUUAAAUUCUCCUUAUACAUGAGUUACACUUCUAAAUAAAGAACAUUUUUAUUAAGUAA